AUGGGUGCUAUUUUUGUGUUGAUUCUGGCGACUUGUCUGAGCGGGGUUUGGGGAUGCCAGUUGCCCCACGACUGGAGACCGCAGACGGAGACGUGCCGCGCGGAGCUCGCGGAGAUCAUCGUGUUCGCCAAGGUGCUUGCGCUGCACAAGGACUCGUACAGUGUGUAUAACUACCUGCCUUGGCAAUAUGACACGGACCUCUUCUUCUCCGCCGAGAUCGAGCUGCAAUGCGACCAGGCGUGGGGCAGCAUGCUGGAGGUCCCCACCGGCUCCCGGUUCAAUGUCACCGGGCUGGGCUACUUCCCCUGUUACUCCUACAGCGUCGUGGAGAAUAACUCUUACUAUUUCUUUCUGAGGUAAGAGACCGUGACGUCCUGGUGUUGAUGACACAAGCACAAUACAACAGAAUAUAGACAUAUCGUGAUUUAUUGUUAGUGUAAUUGCCUUAACUUGUGUCUAGAUACAAUAUAACCCUUACAUUUUCAGCGGUGUUAACCUUUUUACAGUUUAAUGAGAAACUUUUGUCUGAUGAAUAGACACUAAGUGGAAUAGAGUUGAGAGUGCUGGGUCUGCCCUUAGGAUUGUCUUGGGAUAUGUUUUAGACUUUGGAAGACCCAAGUGGCAAGCAAACACAGCAGGAAGAAUAAACAAAACCGUGUGUGUGUGCGCGCAAUAUUAUAGUGUGUAAAUGGAGUAGCUAGAUUCCACAGACCGUUUCACAUUUGAGAUAAAUAUCAACAGAUUGAAAAGAUGAUCAGGUUCAAGUCGUUUAGAAGUAAAGUUACAAAUCACAUUUUAUUUGUCAGAUGAUUUAUAAACAGCAGGUGUAGAUUAACAGUGAAAUGGUUACUUACAGGCCCUUCCCAACAACGCAGAGAGAAAAAUAUAUAAAAAAUAAUAACACAAGGAAUAAAUACACAAUGAGUAACAAUAACUUGGCCAUAUACACGGAGUACCAGUACCAAGUCAAUGUGCAGGAGUACGAGAUAAUUGAGUUUGAUAUAGUGCCUUCAGAAAGUAUUCACCCUGCUUGGCUUUGUCCACAUUUUGUUGUGUUACAGCCUGAAUUUAAAAUAGAUUAAAUAGAGAUUUAUUGUCACUGGCCUACACACCAUACCCCAUAAUGUCAAAGUGAAAUUAAUAGAAAAUUAAAAGCUGAAAUGUCUUGAGACAAUAAGUAUUCAACCCCUUUGUUAUGGCAAGCCUAAAUAAGUUCAGGAGUAGAAAAUUGCUUAAUAAGUUGCAUGGACUCACUCUGUGUGCAAUAAUAGUUUUCAACAUGAUUUUUGAAUUGACUACCUCAUCUUUGUACCCCACAUAUACAAUUAUCUGUAAGGUCCCUCAGUCGAGCAGUAGAUUUCAAACACAGAUUCAACCACAAAGACCAAGGACGUUUUCCAAUGCCUCACAAAGAAGUGCACUUAUUGGUAGAUGGGUAAAAAAAAAAAACAGACAUUGAAUCAUGAAUAGUGCCCUCCAUAAUUUUUGGAACAGUGAAGCAUUUCUUCUUCUUUUGGCUCUGUACUCCAGCACUUUGUAUUUGAAAUUAUACAGUGACUAUGAGGUUAAAGUACAGACUGUCAGCUUUAAUUUUAGUGUAUGUUCACUUAUGCGUAUUAAAGUAGUCAAAAGUUUAGUAUUUGAUCCCAUGUUCCUAGCACACAAUGAUUACAUGGAGUUUGUGACUCUACAAACUUGUUGGAUGCAUUUGCUGUUUGUUUUGGUUGUGUUACAUAUUAUUUCUACAUUAAUGUGGAUGCUACCAUGAUUAUGGAUAGUUCUGAAUGAAUCGUGAAUAAUGAUGAGUGAUAAAGUUACAGACACACAAAUCAUACCCCCUAAAAAAUUCUAACCUCCCCUGUUAUUGUAAUGGUGAGAGGUUAGCAUGUCUAGGGGGUAUGAUAUUUGUGCGUCUGUAACUUUCUCACUCAUCAUUAUUCACGAUUCAUUCAGGACUAUCCAUAAUCAUGGUAACAUCCGCAUUAAUGUAGAAGUGUUUAGAAACAUAUUCUAUUAUUAUUUACAAUAAAAGUGACUCCAAAAUGACACGUGGAGUACAGAGCCAAAAGUUUUUUUUUUUUUUUUUAUGUCACUGUCCGAAUAAUUAGGGAGGGCACUGUCUUUGAGCAUGGUGAAGUUAUUAAUUACACUUUGGAUGUUGUAUCAAUACAAACAGUCACUACAAAGAUAUAGGCAUCCUUCCUAUCAGAGAGACUUGAAAAGCUGCAAUAUUAUAUCUCUUACUGAAACAUGGCUGGAUGAUGACGCAAUGCACGUAGUACUUGAUGGAGUCUCCAUGCAGCGGCAGGAUCGUACGGCGGCUUCAGGGAAGUCGAAAGGAGGUGGAGUGUGUUUUUUCAUAAAUGACAACUGGUGUGCUGCUUCAAGUGUGAAGGAAAUCUCGAGAUUUUGCCCACCUGAUAUAGAAUACCUCAUGGUAAACUGCAGACCCUUUUAUCUAUCAAGAGAGUUCUCAUCCGUAAUUAUCACGGCUGUUUACAUCCCUCCACAAGCCAACAACACUCUGACACUCAACUAACUGUAUGAGGCCAUAAACAAACAAGAAACCGCUGGCCCAGAGGCAGCGUUUCUGGUGGGCGGAGACUUUAAUGCGGGGAGACUUAAAGCCGUCCUUCCUCACUUCUACCAACACAUCUCCUGCGCCACUAGGGGCGCUAAAACUCUAGACCACUUUCAUUCUACCCACAGAAACGGAUACAAGGCCCUCCCUCGUCCUCCCUACGGAAAAUCUGACCCUGACUCCAUUCUCCUGCUUCCUGUUUACAAACAAAACUCAAGCAGGAAGUAUCAGUGAUGCGCUCAAUACGGACGUGGUCGGAUGAAGCAGACGCGAGGCUACAAGACUGUUUUGCUAGUACAGACUGGGAUAUGUUCCGGGAUUCAUCCGAUAGCAUUGAGGCAUUUACCACAACAGUCACAGGCUUCAUCACUAAAUGCAUAGACGAUGUCGUCCCUACAGUGACUAUAAAAACGUAUCCAAACGAAAAACCAUGGAUUACAGGCAAUAUCCGCUCUGGGCUAAAGGCAAAAGCUACCGCUUACAAGGAACGGGACACGGACAUGGACGCAUACAAGAAAGCUCGCUCCGACUUCCGACAAGACAUCAAACAUGCAAAAGGACAAUAUAGGAUGAAGGUGGAAUCCUAUUACACCAGCUCCGACGCUCAUCGUAUGUGGCAGGACUUGCAGACGAUAACGGAUCACAAAGGGAAACCCAGCCAUGCAGAACUCCCAAACAAGCUAAAUGCCUUGCAUGAAAGCCCCUGUUUUUCCGGAUCUCACUCUCCAUGGCUGAUGUGAGCAAAAUGUUUUAACAGGUUAACACUUGCAAGGCCGUCGGGCCAGACGGAAAACCAGGGCGCAUUCUCAAAGCAUGCGCAGACCAACUGGCAAGUGUCUUCACAGACAUUUUCAAUCUCUCCUUGUCCUAGUCUCUAAUCCCAACAUGUUUCAAGCUGACCACCAUUGUCCCUGUUCCUAAGAGCUCCAAGGUAACCUACCUAAAUGACUAUCGCCCUUUAGCACACGUGUAAUUAUGAAGUGCUUUGAAAGGCUACUCAUGUCACACAUCAACACCAUUAUCCCAGACACCCUACACCCACUCCCAUUCGUAUACUCCCUGUUCACCCACGACUGCGUGGCCACGCAUGACUCAAACACCAUCAUCAAGUUUGCUGACAACACUACGGUGGUAGGCCUGAUCACCAACGGCGAUGAGUCAGCCUACAGGGAGGAGGUCCGAGACUUAGCAGUGUGGCUCAAGGACAACAACCUCUCCCUCAAUGAGCUGAUUGUGGACUAUAGGAAAAAGAGGGGAGAGCACGCCCCCAUCCACAUUGACAGGGCUGUUGUGGAGCAGGUCGAUAGCUUUAAGUUCCUUGGCAUCCACAUCACUAAGGACUUAACAUGGUCCACACACACCCGCACAGUCUUGAAGAGGGUUUGGCGUGGGCCCUCGCAAAGUGCUACAGAGGGUGGUGCGGACAGCCAGGUACAUCACCGGGGCCAAGCUCCUUGCCAUCCAGCCACCCAAGCCAUAGACUGUUCAUUCUGCUACCAUCCGGCAAAUGGUACCGGAGCAUCGGCGCUCGGACCAACAGGCUCCGAGACAGCUUCUACCCCCAAGUCAUAAGACUGCUUAAUAGCCAUACUGCUAAAUAGUCAAUUAAUGGUACCCAAACUACCUGCACUGACUCUAUCUUGCACUGACCCUACGCACACUCACUAGACUAUAUAUACAAACCAUAUACACGCUCACUCACACACACUACAUUGACACUCCCACACAAAACCCACACACAUUUACAUACAGUACCAGUCAAAAGUUUGGACACACCUACUCAUUCCAGGGUUUGUCUUUAUUUUUACUAUUUUCUACAUUGUAGAAUAAUAGUGAAGACAUCCAAACAAUGAAAUAACACAUAUGGAAACAUGUAGUAACCAAAAAAGUGUUAAACAAAUCAAAUAUAUUUUAUAUUUGAGAUUCUUCAAAGUAGCCACCCUUUGCCUUGAUGACAGCUUUGCACUUUCUUGGCAUUCUCUCAACCAGCUUCAUGAGGAAUGCUUUUCCAACAGUCUUGAAGGAGUUCCCACAUAUGCUGAGCACUUGUUGGCUGCUUUUCCUUCACUCUGCGGUCCAACUCAUCCCAAACCAUCUCAAUUGGGUUGGGGUCAGGUGAUUGUGGAGGCCAGGUCAUCUGAUGCAGCACUCCAUCACUCUCCUUCUUGGUCAAAUAGCCCUUACACAGCCUGGAGGUGUGUUUUUGGUCAUUGUCCUGUUGAAAAACAAAUGAUAGUCCCACUAAGCGCAAACUAGAUGGGAUGGCGUAUCGCUGCAGAAUGCCUUCAUGUUCAUAUCUACCUCAAAUAUCUUGUACCUCUGCACAUUGAUCUGGUUCUGGUACUCCCUAUAUAUAGCUUCAUUCUUGUGUAUUUUAUUUAUUGUAUUCCUCUUGUGUUACUAUUUUUAAACUCUGCAUUGUUGGGAAGGGCUCAUAAGCAAGCAUUUCACAGUAAAGUCUACACCAGGUGUAUUCGGCGCAUGUGACAAAUAACAUUUUAUUUGAUUAUAUUUUUGUUAUGCGUAUGCUUGUCAUCGGACUAGGACGUUUAUUUUAGGAUACAAAUAAAUGGAAUAGAGUUAAGCACAGGCAAAAUCCUAAAGGAAAACCUGGUUCGGUCUGCUUUCCAACAGACACUGGGAGACAAAUUCACCUUUCAGUAGGACAUUAACCUAAAACACAAGGCCAAAUAUACACUGGAGUUGCUUACCAAGAUGACAUUGAAUGUUCCUGAGUGGCCUAGUUACAGUUUUGACUUAAAUCGGUUUGAAAAUCUAUGACAAGACUUGAAAAUGUCUGUCUAGCGAUGAUCAACAACCAACUUGACAGAGCUUGAAAAAAAUGUGUACCUGUACAAUCUAGGUGUGAAAACCUCUUGGAGACUUACCCAGAAAGACUCGCAUCCGUAAUCGCUGCCAAAGGUGACUGUAACAUGUAUUGCCUCAGGGGUGUGAAUACUUAUGUAAAUGAUAUAUUUCUGUAUUUCAUGUUUACACUUUGUCAUUAUGUUGUAUUGUGUGUAGAUGGGUGAAUUUUUUUUUAUUUCAUCCAUUUUGAAUUCAGGCUGUAAAACAACAAAAUGUGGAAUAAGUCAAGGGGUAUGAAUACUUUCUGAAGGCACUGAAUCUCCCUUGGUAUUAGAGGUGAACAACACAGCAGUCUUAGAAAAAAGUGGCCAUGGCAUUCCAGCUUGUAUAAUUAGAGGCUGACAGUUCCCAACCGCUUAGGGGAGACCCUCAAAGCUAGGAGUUUAGGCUGAUGGUGUUAUCUCCACACCAACCACAGGCUGGCUGGGAAGUAUUUUGUUUCCCAAACACGGGACAACCGUGCUGAAUGACACCAGCCUUCUGUUCUGUGAGAUUAACUUGUGCCGACACGUUUAACUGAUGUCUCAAGUCUUCCUGUGUUCCUUUCAUUCUCAGCACCUAGAACAGAUAAGUGCACAGUCAUUCAAAGAGUCUUUCAAAGGCAUUCCAGUGUGGAGUGUUUAGCUAUCCCGCAUGGAGGUCCACCGCCAAGUACAAUAGUGACCGUGUGUUUAGAUAGUCAAAGGAAGGUGUGUGUGUGUGUGUAGAUGAGUUGGAUGGCCAGCUGCAUUUUGAAUAGUUUUUUGAAGACCCCAGGUUCAUAGGCCCCCUGCUGCCUGUCCAUAUACUCAAACACACGCACACACUCCCACAUGAACACACAGACAUUAACACAGACUACAUGCACGCACGUUUUAAACACACACAGGAAAUUGUGUGUUCCGUUUGAGAGGACAGGUUGAUGGUGUCAUGAUGUAGCCAUUCUCCAUCAUUGAGAAAUCCUAAAGGCAUUAUUGGGGUUUUUGCUGAUCUGAAAGUGUCCUCAACUACAAGCCAUAGGGAUUAACCAUGCAAUCAGCCAGCUACUAUGGAAGGAAACAACCUAAUAAGGGUCAGAGUAAGACACAGACAUAUGGGCCUGAGGAUUUAGGGUGCAAUGAAAACUAGAAUAAAACAGCCCGAGACAUUGACAUUUAGUCUGCUGCAUUAAACUGUCACUCAACAUAAAAAAGCCUAUAUUAGAAUACUGUAUACCUCUGAUGCAUCUCUGGACCACAUACAGUGCUAUGAAAAAGUAUUUGCCCCCUUUCUAAUUUUCUCUACUUUUGCAUAUUUGUGAUACUGAAUGUUAUCAGAUCUUCAACCAAAACCUAAUAUUAGAUAAAGGGAACAUAAGUGAACAAAUAACACAACAAUUACAUAUUUAUUUCAUUUAUUUCAUAAACAAAGUUAUGCAACACCCAAUUCCCCUGUGUGAAAAAGUAAUUGCCCCCUUACACUCAAUAACUGGCUGUGCCACCUUUAGCUGCAAUGACUCCAACCAAAUGCUUCCUGUAGUUGUUGAUCAGUCUCUCACGUCGCUGUGGAGGAAUUUUGGCCCACUCUUCCAUGCAGAACUGCUUUAACUCAGUGACGUGUGGGUUUUCAAGCAUGAACUGCUCGUUUCAAGUCCUGCCAUAACAUCUCAAUUGGGAUUAGGUCUGGACUUUGACUAGGCCAUUCCAAAACGUCUAAUUUGUUGCUUUUUAGCAAUUUUUAUGUAGACUUGAUUGUGUGUUUUGGAUCAUUGUCUUGCUACAUGACCCAGCUGCGCUUCAGCUUCAGCUCACAGACGGAUGGUCUAACAUUCUCCUGUAGAAUUCUCUGAUACAGAGCAGAAUUCAUGAUUCCUUCUAUUAAGGCAAGUCGUCCAGGUCCUGAGGCAGCAAAUCAUCCCCAAACCAUCACACCACCACCACCAUGCUUGACCUUUGGUAUGAUGUUCUUACUGUGGAAUGCAGAGUUUGGUUUUCGCCAGGCAUUACUGGAACCAUGUCGUCCAAAGAGUUAUACUUUUGAAUCAUCUGUCCAUAGAACGUUCUUCCAAGAGUCUUGAUGAUCAUCCAGGUGCUUUUUGGCAAACUUGAGUCAACUUUUUGGACGAGAUGGGUCCCAUUAUGCCUGGCGAAAACCAAACUCUGCAUUCCACAGUAAGAACAUCAUACCAAAGGUCAAGCAUGGUGGUGGUGGUGUGAUGGUUUGGAGAUGCUUUGCUGCCUCAGGACCUGGAUGACUUGCCUUAAUAGAAGGAAUCAUGAAUUCUGCUCUGUAUCAGAGAAUUCUACAGGAGAAUGUUAGACCAUCCGUCUGUGAGCUGAAGCUGAAGCGCAGCUGGGUCAUCCAAAACACACAAUCAAGUCUACAUAAAAAUUGCUAAAAAGCAACAAAUUGGACGUUUUGGAAUGGCCUAGUCAAAGUCCAGACCUAAUCCCAAUUGAGAUGUUAUGGCAGGACUUGAAACGAGCAGUUCAUGCUUGAAAACCCACACGUCACUGAGUUAAAGCAGUUCUGCAUGGAAGAGUGGGCCAAAAUUCCUCCACAGCGACGUGAGAGACUGAUCAACAACUACAGGAAGCAUUUGGUUGGAGUCAUUGCAGCUAAAGGUGGCACAGCCAGUUAUUGAGUGUAAGGGGGCAAUUACUUUUUCACACAGGGGAAUUGGGUGUUGCAUAACUUUGUUUAUGAAAUAAAUGAAAUAAAUAUGUAAUUGUUGUGUUAUUUGUUCACUUAUGUUCCCUUUAUCUAAUAUUAGGUUUUGGUUGAAGAUCUGAUAACAUUCAGUAUCACAAAUAUGCAAAAGUAGAGAAAAUUAGAAAGGGGGCAAAUACUUUUUCAUAGCACUGUAUGUAGGAUCUUAAUUUGAUCACUCUUUUGUUGCUGAGAAUGUUCCUUAACUGCAAACUUGUAGUGUAUUCAAGGUUUAAAAAGGCUUCUAAAGUUUGUAAUUUCCACUUUAAAAGGUCAGACUUUAUUUGCCCUAACGAAAAAUUUAUCAACCCCAACAAAAAUCCAUGAAUUAUAAUCCACAUAAUAAUUCACAUUUCCUGUUGCUUCAGGAUAAUUUCCCUGCUGUAGCAAACUGGCUCAAAUAAGAUCCUACAUCUGUACCUUCCUUCAUUAGGAUGCUAGGAUGGAGGGGGAUGUGUCUGCCUGAGCCCCUAGUGCUGCUCUGCAGCUUCUCAGCUAAUCUCAGACCUCCGUCUUAAACUUUUAACAGAGGAGUCUCCAGUUCCAGUAAGCAUUGUUCUCGUCAUUCUGCAACCCUGGGUCUCUCAGGUGCUGAAUCAGCAAGCCAGAGCUGAAACGUUUCCAACAGAGUCUCCAGUGAGCUCCCAUUUCCUGUUAAAGCCCCCCAAAUGACACAGUCCUGAAACAGCCUCCCCUAAUCAAUCGUGCCUAUGAGUGCCCAGGACAGGACGAAAGAAGGUUUAGCAUAGGAAGAAAUGCAACAAGGAAUCUCCCACAGGACCCAAACUGUAAACUGGUUGAUUGGUCUGCCUGUCUGUGCAAUAUGUAGCCGUCUCACUCCCAUAACAUUGUUGCUCGUCUGCUGUUUAACAAAGUGAAGGGACAGAUUAUUAUUCUUGGUGAUUCUGUGAGUAGAAUGUGUACGUUAAGUCUUUACAGUUCAUAUCAUGUUUAGGAUUUAAUAGUUCAUCUCUUGCUUUCAUCAACCAGAUUAAGUGAAGGGGUCGUGACAGCCAUUCUUUCUGAACUCACAAGGGUGUCUUCACAAGUUACUGUAGGUCAAUAAAUCUCAAUGCAGUGGUGGUGCUCUGAUGAGCUUUAAGCCUCAAGACACUCAGCUGACUGCCCCUUGGGAGGGCUACUAUAAUCUGGAAGAAGCCUCCUUCUCUAUUUUCUAAUUCCUAGAAUCACUGAUCUGAGAAAAUAGAAUAGGUGAAAGCACUGCCUGAGAGCAAUAAACACUUGACCUUGUCUACUGCAAGGCUUUUGUCACAGUGCUAUAAUAUCUCCAUUGUGUUCAGUUCACUUACAUAAGUAGGACCCAUAUACUACCCACCAUUGUGACCUGUACGCUCUCGUUGGCUGGCCCUCACUACAUAAUCGUCGACAAACCCACUGGCUCCAGGUCAUCUAUAAAUCACUUCUAGGCAAAUCCCCGCCUUAUCUUAGCUCAUUGGUCACCAUAGCAACACCCACCAGUAGUAUGUGCUCCAGCAGGUAUAUCUCACUGGUCAUCCCCAAAGCCAACAUCUCCUUUGGCCACCAUUCCUUCCAGUUCUCUGCUGCAAAUGACUGGAACGAACUGCAAAAAUCUCUGAAGCUGGAGACACUCAUCUCCCUCACUAACUUUAAGUAUCAGUUGUCAGAGCAGCUUACCAAUCACUGCACCUGUACACAGCCCAUCUGUAAUUAUCCCACCCAACUACCCCCAUAUUGUUAUUUACAUAGUUAUUUAUUUUGCUCAUUUGCACCCCAGUAUCUCUAUUUGCACAUCAUCUUCUGCACAUCUAUCACUCCAGUGUUAAUACUAAAUUGUAAUUAUUUUGCACUAUGGCCUAUUUAUUGCCUUACCUCCAUAACUUACUACAUUUGCACAAACUGUACAUAGAUUUUCUAUUGUGUUAUUGACUGUACAUUUUGUUUAUUCCAUAUGUAACUCUGUGUUGUUGUUGUUUUUUUCCGCACUGCUUUGCUUUAUCUUGGCCAGGUCGCAGUUGUAAAUGAGAACUUGUUCUCAACUGGCUUUCCUGGUUAAAUAAAGGUGAAAUAAAAUAAAAAUAAAAAUAGGACUUGGUAACAGGACCGGUCCUGGCUGAUAUGCCGCCCUCCUCCUAUCCCAGCAAAGUAAAAUAGUAGCCUAGUAGCCCGCAAUGCACUUUUAUGAAUGCCCAUCCAUGUGCAAGUUAUUGUUUGUAAAACAGGCUGUUGCAUUGGCUUUAUAGUCCUGAUACCUGACAAAGUCCUAAGACUAAUCAUUUUGGCUAUUCAAGCUCUGAAUUUCAGCUACCAUAGGCGGCACGUCUUAAAGUCAAUUGAAAUACAUUUGAUAUAAUUACUCCUGUCUUUACAGAAAAUAAAUAAAAUCAUUUCAAAAUACUUCACCAGGGAGCAUGAUUUAGCUGUGGUUUGUUUCAAAUCACAAGAGCGUAGGCCAAUGGCUUGUUUGGAAGCCAGCAAUUUGGGCAGCACCCAGCACUCAUGGCAAUAGCCCUAGCUGAUUAUUGAGUUGCGGCUGUCAGGGAAAAGCAUCUAAAAUAUGUGUGAAGAUAAUGUCUUGAGUAUAAUGUCAAAUCCCUCUCCAGAAUGCACUCAGCUCUCCAGAAUGUUGCUCAGCUGUCUCCAUCCAAUUCUUGCGCAUUAAUUCCCACUGGGUACAGACGUUCAACGUCUAUUCCACGUUGGUUCAACGUUGAUUCAACCAGUGUGUGCCCAGUGGGUUGUUUCAUUGUGUGAAUUGUUUGCCCGUUGAUUGUUUAUUUUAAUAAAUUCCCCAUUACAUAUGUAACCAGUAGUACAUUUACCGUUAAUCCCAGUCAUUUGGUUACAUUAAUUUCUGUUAAUGCAUGUAUUAAUUCUCAGAGUGGAAAAGUUGUUUGCAGAGUUCACAUUAACCUGCUACACUUGUGAGAAACAAGUUUGGGUUUUUGUUUCAUACCAUUUACAAGUUUUGUAAAUGUUUUCCUUGUCUUUUGUUUGGAGCGCCCCAUGUGAGUAAUGAGCAUGUCUCUGGUUUAUUUCUCUGUCCUGUUAAUGUUGACGGAGGAAAGAAAUUCCACAAAUUAACUUUUAACAAAGUACACCUGUUAAUUGAAAUGCAUUCCAGGUGACUACCUCAUGAAGCUGGUUGAGAGAAUGCCAAGAGUGUGUAAAGCUGUCAUCAAGGCAAAGGGUGGCUACUUUGAAGAAUCUCAAAUAUAAAAUAAACUUUGAUUUGUUUAACAAAUGUUUUGGUUACUACAUGAUUCUAUAUGUGUUAUUUCUUAGUUUUGAUGUCUUCACUAUUAUUCUACAAUGUAGAAAUAGUAAAAAUAAAGAAAAAACGUUGAAUGAGUAGGUGUGUCCAAACUUUUGACUGGUACUGUGUAUAUAUAUAUAUAUAUAUUAGGGCUGUCAAAAAUAGCGCGUUAACGACGUUAAUUAGUUGUUUGCUGUUAAUUACGUCAAUUUUUUUAACGCAUUUCACGCAUGCGCAGUGUGACAAAUUAUUCAGGUCAGGAAAGUGGUUGGGAGCUAGAGGCGAGAUGGAGCAAGGUGAGCAAAGUGGGCCUAUUGACGGAUUCAAAUAUAAAAAGAAUGAUGAUGGUACAGUUAACAAGUACAAGGUUAUUUGCAAGAUUUGUAAGAAGGAGUUUCAAUUUCACCGGAGCUGUUCAAGCUUGAAGUACCAUGUCAACGCCAAACAUGCGUUUGCUGGGCCGUCAGAUUCAGCAAGUGGUUUGCGCCAGACCACGCUGAAUGUUUGCAGGCAAUUAACAAAAUCAACCUCAGAUAAUUUGACCAACACAAUAGCAAAAUGGAUUGCAAAGGAUUGUAGACCCAUUAGCAUUGUAGAAGACUCAGGUUUCCUUGAUGUUUUGCAAGUGGCGUCUCAAGACUCAUUCUAUAAGCCACCGUCAAGAGCCACAGCCAAAGACAAAUAUUAUGGUGUGUAGUAUGUUUCAGCUUGAUUUAAAACACCAUUAUUUGGCUGUGUUAAUAAACAGACAUAAUAUGAAAAUUAUGUAUCUGUGUCCUGUUAUUUAUCUUUUGGUAUGCAUUUCAGAAAAAAAAUGGUUAGGAUUCAGGUGUAAUUGCAAAUAGUGAUUAAUCAUGAUUAAUCCACUGAAAAUUCGGAUUAAUUUGAUUAAAAAUUUUAAUCAUUUGACAGCCCUAAUAUAUAUAUUUAUUUUUUUGUCAUUUAGCAGACGCUCUUAUCCAGAGCGACUUACAGGCACAAUUAGGGUUAAGUGCCUUGCUCAAGGGCACAUCGACAGAUUUUUCACCUAGUCGGCUCGGGGAUUAGAACCAGCAACCUUUCAGUUACUGGCACAACACUCUUAACCACUAAGCUACCUGCCGCCCCAAUAUAUCAUCAACAUCAAGAAAUUUGGACAACAUGGAAUUACAUGGAUAUACAGUAUCUUAUGUAGAAUCUUAAAGUGCACUUCCUUAAAUUUUUUGGUAUACAUUAUUUGUAAGGCAUCAACCCCGCUUUUUUCCAGACAAUGUCAGGAAUAAACAUGUUCCAAACAAAAUGUACCUCUAGGCAUAAAUUGGUUCCUUGAAUGUCUUUAUGUAUUUGUUACAGCAAGAUUUCUCAAGUAAGCCCAUGCCUUCCAGGCUGAGUUCUGGAUAACCUCUGUGAUCAUCACCAAAGCUAAGAUGAGUUUUCAUUAGUGUAGUUAGACCACUAGGAAUGGCUUUGAUCACAGAAAUAAACUCUCUGAAAGGUAUUGGAAACUCAUUCAGUGUAAUAAAUUGUUCGUAUGAAAGAAUAUUACCCCUGUUGUCGAACACGUCAAGAACAAAGUUAAUAUUUAUUUCAUGCCAGCUAGGGUAGAACAAUUACUUAUUCCUUACAGUUAUGUCUGAAUUAUUCCACAAAAGAGCCUUAUGCGGGGAAAAGUUGUGCAGGAAACAUAUUUUCCAGGACAUUAAAGCUUGUUGGUGAAACCUACCCAAUUUAAUUGGUGAUCUUUCAAGAAAAUAAUUACAUUUCAGUCAAAAUGUAAGACCUCACAACUUAUUAAACACAUUGUUUGGAAUGAAAUACCAAAUGGAUUCUGUAUUGACCAAACAUAUUUUCAACCAAUUGACCUUGAAUGUGUUAUUUUUGUCAACAAAAUCCAACACUACCAGACCUCCUUCAGAUCUCUUAUUUCAGAGGAUUGACUUUUUAGUUUGUAAGACUUAUUUUUCCAGAUAAAGUCAAGAAAUGUCUUGUCAAUCUCAUUACAGGAAGAGGGAUUUACAAAUAAAGACAAUGAGGGGUACACAAAGUGAGACAGUCCCUCUGCCUUGGACAGAAGCACUCUCCCAAGUAUAGAUAGAUCCCUUUGUAGGCAAUUAUUAAAUAUGUACUUUGUUUUCAUAAUUUUAGGAGAGAAAUUCAUAUGUAUUCCUAAAUAUUUAACGCAGUCCUUUACAGGAAUAUUUUAUAUUUCUUUAUCAUCAGAGUCAUAUACUGUAAACAUAAGAUUUCACAUUUAGAAACAUUCAGUUUUAAUCCAGACACAAUAAAGAAUGCAGUGACGGCAUUAAGGGAAUGGAAGACCUGGUCUUUGUCUCUUUAAAAAAUAGUAGUAUCGUCAGCCAGCUGGGAAUUCCUUUUUUCUCAGUCAAAAAUUGAUAAGCCAUGCAAAUUUGCAUUAUUCAGAAUAUCUAGAGAUAUAAGUUCCACUACCAAGAUGAAUAAGAAAGGCGAAGACGAACAUCCCUGUCGUACGCUUCUGUUGAUACUGACUCUUUUGGAUAUAUUCAGGUUUAGUAUCACAUAACUAUUUAUAUCUUUGUAAAACAUGUGAAUGACUUUGAUCACAUUUUUACCGAAACCAAAAAACGUUUCAGAGACCGAAAGAGAAAUUCAUGUUCAGCUGUGUCAAAGGCUUUACAGAAGUCUAAACAUAAAAUAACAGCAUCUUAGUCAAUUGCAUCUGAAUAAUCCAUAAGAUCCAAGACUAAAAUAAUGUUGAAACGUAAUGUGAUGCCCCUUCAUAAAGCCUGUUUGAGUCUCAUUUAUAAUUGGAUUGAUUCCUUUCUUUAAUCCUUUGGCAUAAACCAGAGCAAUCAAUAUGUAAUAAAGUGAUUGGUCUCUAAUUGUCAAUGAGAGAGAGGUCUUUAUCAGGUUUUGGAAUCGGUGAAAUAAGGCCCUGCUUCAUAGUGGAAACCAUUUCAGAAGUUCCAAUGCAAUCUUGAAACACAUAAAAAAUAGGCUCUUCUAGUAACUCCCAAAACUGCGUAUAAAAUUCAACUGACAGGUCAUCAGAUUUUUCCUCAAUUGACACAAUUGAUUCGCAAACUGAGUGUAAUUAAUCCUCAAUCACAUGGACAUACAGUGGGGAAAAAAAGUAUUUAGUCAGCCACCAAUUGUGCAAGUUCUCCCACUUAAAAAGAUGAGAGAGGCCUGUAAUUUUCAUCAUAGGUACACGUCAACUAUGACAGACAAAAUGAGAAGAAAAAAAUCCAGAAAAUCACAUUGUAGGAUUUUUAAUGAAUUUAUUUGCAAAUUAUGGUGGAAAAUAAGUAUUUGGUCAAUAACAAAAGUUUCUCAAUACUUUGUUAUAUACCCUUUGUUGGCAAUGACACAGGUCAAACGUUUUCUGUAAGUCUUCACAAGGUUUUCACACACUGUUGCUGGUAUUUUGGCCCAUUCCUCCAUGCAGAUCUCCUCUAGAGCAGUGAUGUUUUGGAGCUGUCGCUGGGCAACACAGACUUUCAACUCCCUCCAAAGAUUUUCUAUGGGGUUGAGAUCUGGAGACUGGCUAGGCCACUCCAGGACCUUGAAAUGCUUCUUACGAAGCCACUCCUUCGUUGCCCGGGCGGUGUGUUUGGGAUCAUUGUCAUGCUGAAUGACCCAGCCACGUUUCAUCUUCAAUGCCCUUGCUGAUGGAAGGAGGUUUUCACUCAAAAUCUCACGAUACAUGGCCCCAUUCAUUAUUUCCUUUACACGGAUCAGUCGUCUUGGUCCCUUUGCAGAAAAACAGCCCCAAAGCAUGAUGUUUCCACCCCCAUGCUUCACAGUAGGUAUGGUGUUCUUUGGAUGCAACUCAGCAUUCUUUGUCCUCCAAACACGACGAGUUGAGUUUUUACCAAAAAGUUAUAUUUUGGUUUCAUCUGACCAUAUGACAUUCUCCCAAUCCUCUUCUGGAUCAUCCAAAUGCACUCUAGCAAACUUCAGACGGGCCUGGACAUGUACUGGCUUAAGCAGGGGGACAUGUCUGGCACUGCAGGAUUUCAGUCCCUGGCGGCGUAGUGUGUUACUGAUGGUAGGUUUUGUUACUUUGGUCCCAGCUCUCUGCAGGUCAUUCACUAGGUCCCCCCGUGUGGUUCUGGGAUUUUUGCUCACCGUUCUUGUGAUCAUUUUGACCCCACGGGGUGAGAUCUUGCGUGGAGCCCCAGAUCGAGGGAGAUUAUCAGUAGUCUUGUAUGUCUUCCAUUUCCUAAUAAUUGCUCCCACAGUUGAUUUCUUCAAACCAAGCUGCUUACCUAUUGCAGAUUCAGUCUUCCCAGCCUGGUACAGGUCUACAAUUUUGUUUCUGGUGUCCUUUGACAGCUCUUUGGUCUUGGCCAUAGUGGAGUUUGGAGUGUGACUGUUUGAGGUUGUGGACAGGUGUCUUUUAUACUGAUAACAAGUUCAAACAGGUGCCAUUAAUACAGGUAACGAGUGGAGGACAGAGAAGCCUCUUAAAGAAGAAGUUACAGGUCUGUGAGAGCCAGAAAUCUUGCUUGUUUGUAGGUGACCAAAUACUUAUUUUCCACCAUAAUUUGCAAAUAAAUUUAUAAAAAAUCCUACAAUGUGAUUUUCUUGAUUUUUUUUCUCAUUUUGUCUGUCAUAGUUGACGUGUACCUAUGAUGAAAAUUACAGGCCUCUCUCAUCUUUUUAAGUGGGAGAACUUGCACAAUUGGUGGCUGACUAAAUACUUUUUUCCCCCACUGUAGCUAAAACCAGUAAUAGUUAGUUUCUUGCUACAUAUUGGACUGGUUACCACCUAACCCUCAAACUUGCUUGUGCAAGUGAAAAAACACUCCCUUUCACAGCAACACCAUCUUGGCUCUCCCCUGGAAGCCCACUUUUACUCCUAUUUGCAGAGCAAUAUAUGCGUGCAUUGCACCCAUAUGCAGACUUGACGACAAAUGUCCACAUGGCAGCUGGGGGCGGACCACAACAUCUUGUCUCUGUGAAAUUGGGUGUCAUUGGCAAAACUGGGCAUGUAAGUAAUCCAUACUAGAGGUCUUCACGGAUCCACCUUUACCCGAAUACCCGAGAGCCGAUCUGGGACCCGAGCGGAUCCGGAUCCAGAAUUCUCAAUAAUGUCACGGGUCUGGAUCAGAUCUGAUAUGAUUGUCAUGGGUCUCGGGUAUGUGUAAUUUUAACUGACUUGUCCGGAAGGGCCCAUACAGAUUCAGUAUAGAGAGAGAGAAAUUGUAUAAUUUGUGCUGCUGCUCUUGUUUUUCACGAGAGUGGAGCGUGGCACUUGUAGCUUGUUGGCCAACAAUAAGUCAUCAAAUCGACAAUAGGCAGUCAUAGAGCCUCACUCCAUGUGUGGCAAAAGUUAGGAUAUAUCUAAUCAAUGGAAGAUGGAAUUAAAAUUACGGAAUUAAAAGUUAAAGGAGAAGGAUAGGCUACACAGUAGCAGUGUGUGGGUAAAAUCACUGGGGAAGACAAGCCAGGAAGAAAAUGCCACAUUACAACCUAUGUGUUGUGCUAUUUGCGUUGUUUGCACUAUAACCUGUUAGUUCAUAUGCCUUGCCACCGUGAUAGGCCUAAGGCCGAGUAAAUAAGAAGACACAGUGCAGAAUAAAUUCAACAACAUCUUAGUUUCAUUACAAAACCGGAGAGCAAUAUCUGUCCGGUGAAGUCCACAAAGCAUAUUGCAUGUAACAAACAGUUACAUGACCUACAGCAUGGUCAAGCAAGUUAAUGUUUCUGACAUUUUCUCACUACUAAACAACUAUUGAUUUAGAACCACUGCAAGUUACCGCAAAUCGCAAAGAAAACAGGAGCUGCCUCCGCUAUUACAGCAACAUUUAAACUUCAAUAUUUCAACAUAAUAAAAUCACCUAUGCUUAGUGUUUUUCAGUGACAACUAAAAGAUACCGAAAACAAUUUAGUCAAAUCAAUAUAAGCUAAAUAUUAUGUGGCUGUCAAUGGUACUGAUUUAUGUGUUGUGUGUGUGCAUGCAAGUAGAAAAAACUCCCUACUUGUAGAUAAACACUAAUUCCAUCUCCUGUCUUUCAUGUUGCCGAAAUGGUCUAUGACUUUGUCAUACAGUACAUGCUUUUAGUUUUUGUUGUCCUAGGCUACCUGGCUAAAAUGUUCCUUUCCUGGGCAACGAUGAGCUAGCUAGUUAACAUUAGCCUACUAGCUACAUCUAGCUACAUAUUAUACUUCCAUCCUCUCAGGCCAGGGGCACAAUGUAUGAACUUAUGGUUGGAUCAAAAUCGGCGUAAUAAUCAUUGGCCAGUAAGGAUAAUUAAGUAAAACCACAAGUCCCUAUCUCCAUCCACGGCUAAUUUAGGAAAGGGACCAUUUUAGCUAGCUAGCCACCAGAGAACAACGACACAACGAGAUUCAACAAUUCAAGUUUUCUGUCAAUUACUUUUUGAUGUGAUGUGAUUGGUGUGAAUCCAAAUCCAAACUGGCUUCCCUUGGACCGUUUUUUAGGUGCGCCAGAAUGAUUCACAGUUGAGCUCACUCAGUUUAGCUCAACACUGAUUGGCUAUUAUUUUACACUUUUUUUAUCAAGGGAGGCCAAAUGCUCGCUGGCUUCCCUUGCAUUCAAUGCUACGGGUAGCAACAAUGUCAUAAUAUUUUUGACCAGACAGCAUCAGAUAGAUAGGCUACAAAUACAGAGACAGAGGAGCGCUGUUUUGCUCGCUCGGAUGCUUUCUCCGUUGAGAUACAUUCAGCCUCUUGCGAAUUAAAGGAAAAUGAUGAAACACAGAGAGAUGAAAGAUAGAUAAAUUAUUAUUAUACAUAUAUAUAUAUAUAUUUUACAUUUUUGGGGGAAGCCGGCUUCCACUUGGCAUCCGUGAAUACAUGCCACUGAGGCUACAGGUUUAUACGGAACGGGUCUAGUUGUCCUCGGUGUCAGUGUUGAUGUGGAUGCGGUUGAGGAGUCAGACAAGACUUUACUAACUGUAUAAAACAAUACAAAAUAAAGGACCUCAAAACAAGGAGGCAAGCGACAACGUAACACAGUGCGUCACAAUAAACAAAGUCCAGAGUACUGCACAGGUGACACCAACGGACAGGCGGAAAAUAACACACAAACUAACGAAAACAACACAGGAAACUUAUAGGGCACAUAAUCAGACCCAAACGGACACAGGUGUAACAGACAGACCCAACCAAACGAACAUCGAAACAUUCAACGGUGGCAGCUAGUACUCCGGGGACGACGAACGCCGAAGCCUGCCCGAGCAAGGAGGAGGAGCAGCCUCGGCAGAAUUCGUGACACUCGGGUCCGUUCAGAACGGGACCCGUGAAGACCUCUAAUCCAUACCCAACUCAGUUUUGGAUGAGACUGACUUUAUGACCAAAAUUCAGGAUAAUUAUUAUCCUAUUUACACUGGGUAGUCAAUUUUGACACUAGAAUAAAUGUUUCUGACUCAUAUCGAUGCCACAUAGGCCGUUUUAAAACCAGAGAAGUUGGUUCUAAGGGGCAGUUGACCUUUCAUAUGAGAAAUAUGAUUUACAGCAUUUAUUUUUACUUUUUACUUUUUCUACCACUGUACUUAAGUACAUUUAAAACCAGAUACUUUUAGACUUCACUCAAGGAUUAUUUUACUGGCUCACUUUCACUUUUACUUGAGUCAUUUUCUAUUAAGGUAUCUUUACUUUUAUUCAAGUAUGGCAAUUGAGUACUUUUUCCACCACUGUGUGGCCGCACCAUGAACCAACCAGCCAGCUCGUUCCAUUUUGGUAUGGCAAAACUCACCAGUCAAACCAUCACAGAAAAGCUAAGAAAUAGGAGAAAGGCUACAUUAAUUAAACCAACCUGUUUUUGACUAAACAAGGUUAUGACGAGAGGACAAGCUUUCCGAUGAAGGACCAGAGUUUUCUGUGGAGGGAUGGGAGAGAGAGGGAGGUGAGCUCUGUUUAAAGUUGGGGAAUUUGAGAGGGGAUGUGAAAAGGGGUCUGAGUUUGAAACACAGGAUGAUCCCCAUAACUGCUGUCCCAUUCACUCUACUGUAUGUAGUUGAUACCUUAUGCUAAGGGUGUAAUUUAAAUGAUAAUUUGGUUUGGCAGAACUGCGACAAUAUAGCUGGCUAAUACAGAAAGAGCAUCCAGGAUAUAACUUGGCUAAGACAGCUUUUUUUUUUUCUACAACCGUUGACUGGGGAACUGUUUGGGAAUGUACACAUCAAGUGGUUGGGACAUAAUUUUGUGUCUGCAAGUGCCAUGGAAUUUGUAGAAGCUGAGAAGAAAUUUUAACCAGUGGAAACAUUGGCCUGCGUUUACUAGUGCUGGUUGACAUUACUGCACCAUCUGCAAGUAUUUGAUUGGUUUAUACAUCAAGUUGUAAUCCAAUAGGAACCAAAUGUCCCGAGACUUAGGCUAUAUGCUAGACUUGAUAAGUAGGGGAAACAUUGGCCAUAUGCAACAGAGCAAAGAGUGAGAGAGGAAUGGGUUGGAAGCUGUUGAUUGGCGAAGAUGCUGUAACAUUUACUGUUCCGUGAGAUACUGUUCUGUGCUGACCGUCAUUAUUUGUACCUAAAAUAAUGCACAACAAAAGUUUUCUCUGAAGAACACUGGUUCAAGCAUCUGUCAGAUGUUGAUUGUUUGAAUCAUUUGAAUAGCUUAGCUGUUUAACUCCUGAUAAUCACAUUAAAAAACACUAUGUUUGGACAAACACACAAUUUCCUUCCAGCUUUAUAAUAAAAAUGAUGUCAUACCAGCCCAUUGAACAUUCUCCUGCAUUAGGAAACAACUCCUUCACCACAAUUUAGGCUUGAUUAUUACUUUUAAUAAACUCUGCAGGCCAUUACUUGAUCUAUUCUCUGUAAUUGAGUACCACAAACAUAAAUGUAAAACAAAUGCGAACUUUUCCUCAGGCUUGCCCUUGGAGAGCAGCCAAAGCUCACAGUAAAGAAAGGAGCAGUGCCCUUAACGAGAGGCAGACCAAACAAGUGUGUCAUUUCCCCUCCUUUUAUGCCAGGGUAACCAUGGUGUUGUAUUAAUAUGUAUUUUGCCACCUUGAGAGAUGUGAUAACGGACUUCCUUCAUUUGAUGGGAGGUGUGUGUGUGUGUGUGUGUGUGUGUGUGUGUGCAGAUGUCUGCUGGGAGAGGUUAUGAGUGAUAUGGUUUAAACACCACAAUUAAUAAAAACAACAGAGCAAAAGAAGAAAAAUGUGAGACAUAGAGAGAAUACGCCACUUAGUUUAGAUGAGUUCGGAUGAGAACUUUUAAUGUUUCGCCUGAAGGUAAAUGUCAUUGUGCUGCCAAAUGCCUUUGUAAUGCUUAAGUGUUUUUGUGUAGCUGCUGAAGAAGUGUCAUAAUGUUUUACUGCUGGUGUUCUAACUGUUAUGCUACGGGUAUUCCCCUCUGUGUCACACAAUUUGAGGUUUUAUAAGACAGCUGUGGCCCAAAGCAUAGUUGAGAUAAACAGAUACCAAAGCCACACACUGAGGAGGAUAAAAUACAUGUUAUUUUAACCCUGCUUGACACCCCAACAGCAGCAUCACACAAGUUGCCACACUUCAGUCUUAAAGCCUUACUGUGUGUGUGUGUGUGUGUGUGUGUGUGUGUGUGUGUGUGUGUGUGUGUGUGUGUGUGUGUGUGUGUGUGUGUGUGUGUGUGUGUGUGUGUGUGUGUGUGUGUGUGUGUGUGUGUGUGUGUGUGUGUGUGUGUGUGUGUGUGUGUGUGUGUGUGUGUGUGUGUGUGUGUGUGUGUGUGUGUGUGUGUGUGUGUGUGUGUGUGUGUGUGUGUGCGUGCGUGCGUGCGUGCGUGCGUGCGUAUGGAAUUCAAAUGCAAUGCAUCUUCAUCCCCUGUCUCUCUGUGUUCUCCAGGAUGGAUGAGAACUACAACAUCAUUCCCCAUGGGGUUAACUUCCAAGACCCAAUCUUCCCAGACACACCAGAGAACCACCGCAUGUUCGCCAGCCUCUUCCAGUUCUCUAACUGCACGGCCGGAACACCGGUCCACACCUACACCCCAGAGUGGGAGGCUGAGGAAGACAGCCGGGUACGAAUUAAACUUAUCUAUCACUCUUGUUUUUAUGUGCCUUUGUUACAAAAGUCUUAACAGCAUCUCCUAAACAGCAGCUCCUAAACCACCAAAGAGCAAGACCGGCAAAGAAAAAUGACCUAGGUUGGAGGAAUCUCAUCAAAACACAUGCAGGAAACCUUUGACAGACACACUAUAGACAGCUGAUCAAAUUUCCUUGCCAUUUCCCAUGGUUGAGGUAGCAUGCAGCGUUGCAUAUUGUAGAAAGUCUUCCACGAUCACUUGCACUUGAUAGACAGGAAGUUUUUACUAAAAGGUAGUGCUGCAUAGUAUUGCUUCCAUAUAGCCACAUUUCCUCAUCUGCUUGCAUGCGCCUCCCCUAUCAAGGUGUCUUGGUACUUCCCUUACUUUUCUGUGUGCUUGCUAUACAGUCAACUCUAUCCUGCCCUCUAUCCAUAGUGACAAUAGUGGUAGGUGGAUUUUGUCCAGAUCUGCAAUAGGUUAACUAGCAAUCAUACCACACAUAAAAUCAUUCAAAUCUGCACAAAUGUUCAAUAUAAAUUCACAAGAACAUAGAGGAAUAGCUGAUAGGCAGUGGAGACGCUAGGUGUGUCAUUGCGCAUGAAAGAACAGUCAAGACAAUAGACACGCAGCUCAAAAAGCACCACUAUUGAUCUUGUUUAGGCCAUACAAAUUGUAUUUACUAUAUAAUGGAUGCCAUUCUUCACAUAAAAAAAGAGUGAUUCAUUUAAUUCAUAUGAAACUAUUCUUUUUAAACGAUUAUUUUCUACUAAUUGAAUAAUGUACUUCCCAAUUGUAGUAGUUGGGGUUUGGUUAAAUCGCAGUGAAUCGAAUCAUGGGAAUCAAAAUAAUAAUUUGUGAAUUGUAAACAGUAAUAGCCUUCCUUUCGAAUUGUGUCACUGCAAAACUCAUUUUGUAGAUACUUUAAGUUGAUUUGGUCAUUCAAUUUAUGGGAUAUUGCAACUCAAUUGAUACUCGUAGUCAGCCUGAAGUAAACAUUUCUAAAGGUAAGAUAUAUAUAUAUAGCUUAUUGGCUCUAUAAAAUCCGCCAUGCAUGCUGAAACUGUCAUUUUCAAAGUUUUUCCCCAAAAACCUUUGUAUCAAUCGGGCACACAUUUGUUUUGCAUACUCUGCCAUCACACACUGAGUGUACAAAACAUUAGGAAAACCUUUCUAAUAUUAAGUUGCACCCCCUUUUGCCCUCAGAACAGCCUCAAGGUGUUGGGGCAUGGACUCUACAAGGUUAACUAGCAAUCAUACCACACAUAAAAUCAUUCAAAUCUGCACAAAUGUUCAAUAUAAAGCCACAAGAAUAUAAAGGAAUAUCCAUGUCUCAAGGCUUAAAUUUUUUUUUUUUACCUGUCUGUUCCCCUUCAUCUACACUGAUUGUAGUGGAUUUAACAAGUGACGUCAAUAACUGGUCAGUCUAUAUAAUGGAAAGAGCAGGUGUUCCUAAUGUUUUGUGCACUCAGUGUAUACGUAGCAUCAACAUUUUAAAAAUCAGAUUUCCUCCUAGCUGAUUUACAUUUUAGUCAUUUAGCAGACGCUCUUAUCCAGAGUGACUUACAGUUAGUGAGUGCAUACAUUUUUCAUACUGGCCCCCCGUGGGAAUCAAACCCACAACCCUGGUGUUGCAAGCACCAUGCUCUACCAACUGAGCUACACUGAUCAUUGCCUGCAGCCGGCUCUGAUCGUAGUGUAAUGAGACAAAAAGGGAGAAUGAGCUCGUCUGUGGUGGUUGGCUAACCCUCAACCUUUUGGCCCGUAGCCCUGUGUGUCAUCGACUGUGCCACAAAACCAUGCUGAAGUCGAUUAUCCACGUUUAUAAACACAGGGUUGCUACAGUUAUUGUUAUUUGUGGUGGUAAUCAUUAUUUUAAAGUUAAUUCAAUGAGGGGGGCUGGUGUGCAUUUUAUUUUUUACAGUACAGGUGGACAGUCAUGUGAAAAUAUUUUUGUAGAGUAUGUUGACUGGAGAGUAGGAUGUGGGAUGCGGCUGAGAGACAAGGAGACGCAUACAGGUUUUUUAUCCAUCUAUGGAGUUUUAUACAAUGAGCACAGAACUGAAAUGUAUACUGCCUGUACCUGAGCCUUUGAGACUAAUGUUAUGGUAGUGGGGGAACCAUUGGUUUACUGACAGACUGUUCAUAUAGGUAAAACAUUUUGGUAAAACUUUAUUUGGGUAGUCCAUCUGUAAAUGCUCUAACCCUAACCUUAACCCUUAACCUAACCCUAAACUUAACCCUAACCCUUACCCUAACCCUUAUUCUAAACCUAAUCCUAACUGUAACCUUAGCAAGCAGUUGCUUAUCGACAGAUAGUUUGUUGAUAGUAUGACCAUCUUUAGAGCAUUUACAGAUGGGACUAUCCAAAUUAAGUGUGACCAAAGCCAUGUCUUGUGGUCCUGAUUGAAGUAGGUUGAGGGAAAAGUGUGCCUCAUACGCAUUGUAAACUACCAAAUGCUAGCAAACAUACUGAUGACUAUGAAGUCUACACAUUUCUCCAUAACCUAUCCAUGGUUCUCCUCAAAGUUUCAGUGUCAAUUUGCAAGAUCAACACCCGUGAUCACGUCAUAGAGUCCUGUACGGUUCCUUUAUAGAAACUAAUAAUCUGGCAUUUCAACAUCUUUAGACGCCAUUCAUUGAAUUCAAAAUUUACAUCAGUCUUCUCUGUUUCUAAUCAUGUGCUGACUGCACAUAAAAGCCUUCUUUCACGAUGAAGGAAUAAGAAUGGGCUUAUGUUUCCAUUAAUGACCACAUCUCAGCUCAAAUCUGUAAUCAUAGGCAAGGCCAAGGAAAAUGCACAACAUUUUCCUUAUGAUUACACUCUUAAUACUAAAUAACUGAAUGGAAUGGCUAGGCCCACAGGCUGGACUGCUGGACGUCAUAUACUGUCAUCAUGCCACACAGACAUGACUGUUACUGCUGUGUAAGAGUGACAUUCUAGGGUCUUCACAUGCAAAACUAAUGAUAAUUACCCAACACACAUGCUGUUAUGAUUAUAGUUGUCAAUUUCCUGGUUUAGACUGAAAUUCCCAUGCCAACGGGGAUACUCUCAUCUGGGACCCACAGCUGUUUUCCCUCAAAAACCUUUAAGAUGUCCCUCUGCUAACAUGGGUAAAUGUUCCACUAAAGCUGGAAAUAAAUGUAUUACUGAAGGGAUGAGUGUCACAAUUGCGUGUUAUGGCUAUUAUUCUAUGGAACCUGGGUCCCUACCAUUAUGACCACAGUAAUACAUCUGCCACUUGUGAUUAGUGUUUGUUGGUUUGGUUGCGUAAACAGUUGAAUGUAUCAAAAAUUGUCUAACUGGGUUGGCUGCUAUGUGAAAGAUAUGAUAGGGAUAGCGUUCAAAGAUGUCUAUGACUUUGGAAGCAAGCACAUCAACUCUUAGGUAGCUGGGGUGCAGCUAUGGACCAUACGUGGGAGAAAGAUGCUCAGAUCACAGUCCAGAUUUUUCAACUCCAGACAUUUUCAAGGGCAAUUAAAUAGGUAUGUGUCCACAAUAUAACUUGUUUUUGGAACACCAUAGCAUUUCCAAUAACAAUGGCAGAAAGGGGGGGGGGGCUAGAGAGCGUGCUAUGGAAUAGACGUGUUUUGUUAGAGCUCCGCUCAAUUUUGAAACAAAUUCAUAUUUAUCUUAAUCUCUCACCACCUAUAACUUCAAAAAUUGUCUGGCAAUAUCACAAAGGGAAAAGGCACCAAAAAAGGGGCAGCUAAACAAGAUAAUUUGGAUGAGACAGACAACGAACCGAUUUCAACAUCGCCGACCCACGAGGAGUUAGCUGAAGAUGCUAGCUCCCAAGUGCUCCCCACAGAACCUACUCCAAGUGACCUACUGGCUGCUAUAAACUCACUAAGCAAGAAGGUGGACACAAGGUUGGCUGAUAUCUCAAAGAGUAUUGGGACUUUGACUGAAACUGUGAAGGCAACCAAGGGCAGGGUGCAUGAGGUUGAGCAGACGACAGUUGAUCACGAGGCCAGGCUACAGGACAUGUCGUGAAAAGAGCUAUGGUUUUUUCUCAUCUAAAUUCACUGGGCGCUGACAUAGUGCUUCUUCAAGAAACUCAUAUUAAACGCUCGGCUCAGGCCAAACUACGAGUCGGCUGGAUCGGUCAGAUAUACCAGUCUAAGUUUGAUGCAAAAGCGAGAGGGGUAGCAAUCCUGAUAAGGAAAAACAUUCCUUUUAUUUACUCAUCCUCGAUUUCAGAUUCUAAUGGUCGGUACAUUAUUGUGGCUGGUACACUGAAUUUGAUACCAAUAACCUUGGUCAAUUUAUAUAGACCCAACUUCUAUGAUCCGUUAUUUUUUCAAAAGGUAUUUAAGCCAUACCAAAUAUCUCGGAUACAAGUGUUAUUGUUGGAGGCGACUUUAUCUGUACGUUAGAUCCUCUUUUAGAUAAACAGCUAUCAAGGUCACUUCAACAAUCAAAUGCCAGUGUCUGUCUAUAUACAUUGAUGACAAACCUUAAAAUUGUUGAUAUUUGGAGACUGACGCACCCUACAGAUAGGGAUUAUUCUUUAUUUUCGUCAGUUCAUAAGUCAUAUUCCAGAAUUUACUAUUUUUUGUUGGACUCCAAACUAAUUUCAGCAGCUGCAUCGGUUACACAUCAUCCGAUUCUAAUUACGCUUAGACGCAUACUUGUUGAAAGAUGAGACUUUUUGUCAGUAUUUGAAGGAGCAGAUUGAUUUUUUUCCUCGGAACUAACGACAUGGGGGAUGUUGACGACUCUACCCUUUGGGAAUCUCUCAAGGCUGUGAUUAGAGGUUACAUUAUUUAAUAUACAUCGGAGAGGAAGAAACGCGCCAAUACUAGGCUGAAAGAAAUUGAAAGAGAGUUAGGGGAACAGGAGAACGUUUUUAGAAUGAAUUCCUCGAAUGCAGUCCUUGAGAAAAUCACAAAGUUGAAAUAUGAAUACAAUACCAUCCUUUUAAAACGGGUGGGCUCUUUACUUGCUAGAACGCAACAAAGUUAUUUUGAACUGGGUGACAAACCACAUAAAUGAUUAGCAAGCCAGCUAAGGCAUGUACAUGCAUCUAGAGCUAUUCAUAAAAUAAAAGACAAGAAUGGUAAAAUAGUAACAGAUAUUAAUAAAUUUACUCAGAGCUAGGUCAAUCGAAAUGCGAUUCUACUGAUCCACAAACUAUGGAACGCUUUCUCACUGAAUGUGAACUUCCUAAACUAGACAGGGGGGCAGCUGCUGCACUCGAUGCCGGGAAAACUGUAGAAGAGAUUAACACAGCGAUAGCACAAUUUCCAAACAGCAAGGCCCCUUCUAUAAGAAGUACUGCACCAGUCUAGCUCCACUUAUGUUGCGAAUGUUUAAACAUUCCAAAGAAAAUGCCAAACUCCCGCAAAAACACUGUAUGAGGCUACUAUAGCACUGAUCUUGAAAAAAAGAUAGAGAUUCCAUGGAGAUGUCUUCUUAUCGCCCCGUGUCGUUGCUCCCCAUAGAAAAUAAGGUGUUGACAAAGAUAUUGGCAAACCGAUUGAAUAAAUAUGUUUCUGACAUCAUACACCCUGACCAGACAGGUUUUAUUCCAGGCCGACAUAUAUACUACAAUUUGAUAUGCCUUUUCAACGUAAUGUAUCAUGACCAUAAAGUUGAGGCAGUGGUAAUUGCUCUUGGCGCAGAGAAGGCGUUUGAUCAGUUUGAGUGGAAGUAUAUGAUGUCGGUUCUGGAGCAUUUCGGGUUUGGAAAUUAAUUUAAUAAUUGGAUAAGAAUUAUUUAUGCACACCCAAUGGCAUCCGUGGUAACCAAUCAGGAGAUAUCGCAGUCAUUCCGACUGUUCAAAGGCUGCCAACAGGGGUGCGCUAUUUCGCCUGCUCUCUUCGCUACAGCCAUGGAAUCCCUUGCUACUGUCAUUCAUGUACGUGCCGAUAUAACUCACGUUAAAAUAAAAGACACGUAGCACAAAAUGUCCCUCUAUGCAGACGAUGUCCUUUUGUUUUUAUCCAAGCCUAAGAUGUUUAUUCCCCCCUUACUUAACUUGAUAAAUACAUUUGGCUCCUUCUCUGGCUACAAGAUAAACUGGCAAAAAAGUGAAUUGAUGCCGAUAUCACUGCCUGUGGAUAUGCAAUUGAUGCACUCUACCCCAUUUUAGAACAGUGAUGGACAAAUUCACAAGCCUUGGCAUUGAAGUGACAAGAAAACUUGAUCAGCUAUUGAAAAUGAAUUGGGACAUGAAAAUUGAUCAGCAUAAACAAAAUAAUGAUUUUUGGAAAACUCUGCCUAUCUCCGUGGUUGUUCGUAUAAACGCUAUUAAAAUGGUUGUCCUACCCAGUUUUCUUUACCUCUUCCAAUGUCUACCCAAUUUCAUACCAAAAAGCUAUUUUAAGAAACUGGAUUCAAUAGUAAUUCCAUUCUUAUGGGAUAACAAGGCAGCCAGAAUUGCAAAGAAGCAUUUAUGCAUGUACAAGAUAGAGGGGGGAUUUGGCCUUCCUCACUUUAAACUGUAUUAUUGGGCUGCUAAUCAAAUCAAAUCAAAUCACAUUUUAUUGGCCACAUGCGCCGAAUACAACAGGUGCAGACAUUACAGUGAAAUGCUUACUUACAGCCCUUAACCAACAGUGCAUUUAUUUUUUAUAAAAAAGUAAAAUAAAACAACAACAAAAAAGUGUUGAGAAAAAAAGAGCAGAAGUAAAACAAAACAACAGUAGGGAGGCUAUAUAUACAGGGGGGUAUGGGUGCAGAGUCAAUGUGCGGGGGCACCGGCUAGUUGAGGUAGUUGAAGCAAUAUGUACACGUGGGAAGAGCCAAAGUGACCAUGCAUAAACAAUCAACAGAGUAGCAGCAGCGCAAAAAGAUGGGGUGGGGGGGCAGUGCAAAUAGUCCGGGUAGCCAUGACUAGCUGUUCAGGAGUCCUAUGGCUUGGGGGUAGAAGCUGUUGAGAAGUCCCUUGGACCCAGACUUGGCACUCCGGCACCGCCUGCCGUGCGGUAGCAGAGAGAACAGCCCAUGACUAGGGUGGCUGGAGUCCUUGACAAUCCUGAGGACCGUCCUCUGACACCGCUCAAUCCGAAUAUUGUGUCUUUCUGGAGGGAAAGUUUACUUGGGAUCCGACAGAAUGAUAUGCCUUCAUAGCUUUUGAUGGAGCAGGCCUCCUGUCACUCCCUGCACUUGUUAAUAGCCCAGCAUAUGUGAACAACGCCACUUAUGACUCUAACCUAGUCAUUUGUCACACUCUUAGGAUCUGGAAACAGAUUAAGUAUUUUCUUAACAUACCCACUGUAUAAAUUGACAGCCCAAUUUCCCUGAAUCAUGCUUUCCACCCUGCAUUGGAUGAUAUGGUGUUUUCACAGUGGAGGGAAAAGGGGCUCACAACAAUUGAUAACUUAUACAUUGAUGGUCAUUUAGCUUCAUUUCAACAAUUACAGGGUAAGUUUAACAUGCCUGCAACACAUUUUUUCAGAUACCUCCAAAUUAGGAAUUUCUUAAGGACACAUAUCCCACAGUAUGGCAUUAAGCCAAAGAAUCCUACAUUGGAUAGCCUUGUACUUGUCAAACCCCAUUCAAAAGGGUCGGUCUCUAGACUUUAUGAUGUGCUACAGGCCCACAUAGAGGUAUCCACAGACACGUUUAAAAGGGCUUGGGAGCAAGAACUUGGUUCAGAAAUCUCAGAUGAGGACUGGGUAGCAGCUCUCAGGAAUAUAAACCAAAGUUCAGUGAAUGCCAGACACAAUCUUGUUCAGUGAAAGGUAAUACAAAGGUUACAUUACUCAAAAGUGAAACUGCAUAAAAUAUUCCCAGACACCUCACCACUGUGUGAAAGGUGCAAGCAGGAUGAGGGGACGUUGACCCACUUGUUUUGGACAUGUCCUAAGUUACAUGUUUACUGGGCUCUCAUUUGUUAUUACUUAUCUAAAGCCUUUGAUAGAGUUAUAGCCCCAGACCAAUUGAUUGCUCUGUUUGGUACAGUUGAUGGGAAUAACCAGGAAGAAAAGGCUGUCUCUCUUUGUACUGUAUUAGCCAAAAGGCUCAUAUUGCAAUUUUGGAAAUUGGAGACUGUACUUACCUUUGAAAUGUGGUUACGGGAUUUAGGGAAUGUAAUGCAUAUGGAAAAGAUUCGAUACAAUACCUCCAAUAGAAGUCCAAUGUUUUACAAAAUAUGGCAGCCAAUACUGGAUAAAUGGUCUAGUCCGCUUCAUAACUUGGUUGAUGCUCUGCUGCUACUCUUUGCUGUACUCCACUCAAUAUUUAUUUUUGGCUUAACUACACUGCUUGUAAUGACUAUAUGCGGUCUUCUUAUAAUAUCUACCACCUAAUGGGAUUUUUUUUUUUUUUUUUUUUUUGUAUGUGUGAGUUAAGUUUUGUUUUGUCCUCUAAAUUUGCCAUCCCAUUCAACAGUACAAUGAAUGUCAAUGUUUGUAUUUCUGUAUUUUUUAAAUUUUAUUUUUAUUGGAAAAUAAUAAACGUAAACAAUAAAAAUAAAAUAAAAACAAUGGCAGAAAGAUGUGGAAAUCGGGACUUUACAGUGGGUACCUUUCGUCUGAGUGAAACACAUACUCAGGUAAAUACUCCCCAUCUCUCCUUCCAGCUGCUUUGGUUACCUGGAAUUUGCUGUUUAGAGAUGGCCUGGCUGGUCUAGCAGGAAUGCCGCAGCCUCCAGCACAUACCGUAUAUACUGUAUGUUCAGUGUCGGCAUAGGUUUUAAUCUGGCCUACUGCUAUUUGACAAAACCUCUUUGUUUUUUUCCUAAUCACUCAGUGAUCGAUAGAGCUAGAGACAAACAACUUACAGUGCCUUCAGAAAGUAUUCAUACCCCUUGACUUACAGUAUUCCACAUUUUGUUGUGUUACAGCCUGAAUUCAAAAUGGACUCAAUGGAUUUUUUACUCACCCAUCUCCACACAAUACCCAAUAAUGACUAAGAGAAAACAUGUUUUUAGCCAUUUUUGCUAAUUUAUUGAAAAUUAAAUACAGAAAUAUCUCAUUUACAUAAGUAUUCACACCCCUGAGUCAAUGCUUUAUAGAAGCACCUUUGGCAGCAAUUACAGCUGUGAGUCUUUAUGGGUAAGUCUCUAAGAGCUUUCCACACCUGGAUUGUGCAAAAUUUUGCCCAUUAUUCUUUUCAGAAUUCUUCAAGCUCUGUCAAAUUGGUUGUUGAUUAUUGCUAGACAACCAUUUUCAGGUCUUGCCAUAGCUUUUCAAGUAGAUUUAAGUCAAAACUGUAACUUGGCCAGUGUAGAUUUGGCCUUGUGUUUUAGGUUAUUGUCCUGCUGAAAUGUGAAUGAAAUGAAAUGAAAUCAAAUCAAAUCAAAUUUUAUUGGCCACAUGCGCUGAAUACAACAGGUGCAGACAUUACAGUGAAAUGCUUACUUACAGCCCUUAACCAACAGUGCAUUUAUUUUUUAUAAAAAAGUAAAAUAAAACAACAACAAAAAAGUGUUGAGAAAAAAAGAGCAGAAGUAAAACAAAACAACAGUAGGGAGGCUAUAUAUACAGGGGGGUAUGGGUGCAGAGUCAAUGUGCGGGGGCACCGGCUAGUUGAGGUAGUUGAAGUAAUAUGUACAUGUGGGUAGAGUUAAAGUGACUAUGCAUAAAUAAUUAACAGAGUAGCAGCAGCGUCAAAAGAUGGGGUGGGGAGUGGGGGUGGGGGUGGGGGGGCAGUGCAAAUAAUCUGGGUAGCCAUGAUUAGCUGUUCAGGAGUCUUAUGGCUUGGGGGUAGAAGCUGUUGAGAAGUCUUUUGGACCUAGACUUGGCACUCCGGUACCGCUUGCCGUGCGGUAGCAGAGAGAACAGUCAAUGACUAGGGUGGCUGGAGUCUUUGACAAUUUUGAGGGCCUUCCUCUGACACCGCCUGGUAUAGAGGUCCUGGAUGGCAGGAAGCUUGGCCCCAGUGAUGUACUGGGCCGUACGCACUACCCUCUGUAGUGCCUUGCGGUCAGAGGCCGAACAGUUGCCAUACCAGGUGGUGAUGCAACCAGUUAGGAUGCUCUUGAUGGUGCAGCUGUAGAAUUUUUUGAGGAUCUGAGGACCCAUGCCAAAUCUUUUCAGUCUCCUGAGGGGGAAUAGGCUUUGUCGUGCCCUCUUCACGACUGUCUUGGUGUGUUUGGACCAUAAUAGUUCGUUGGUGAUGUGGACACCAAGGAACUUGAAGCUCUCAACCUCUUCCACUACAGCCCCGUCGAUGAGAAUGGGGGCGUGCUCAGUCCUCUUUUUUUUCCUGUAGUCCACAAUCAUCUCCUUUGUCUUGGUCACGUUGAGGGAGAGGUUGUUAUCCUGGCACCACACGGCCAGGUCUCUGACCUCCUACCUAUAGGCUGUCUCAUCGUUGUCGGUGAUCAGGCCUACCACUGUUGUGUCACCGGCAAACUUAAUCAUGGUGUUGGAGUCGUGCCUGGCCAUGCAGUCAUGGGUGAACAGGGAGUACAGGAGGGGACUGAGCACGCACCCCUGAGGGGCCCCCGUGUUGAGGAUCAGUGUGGCAGAUGUGUUGUUACCUACCCUUACUACCUGGGGGCGGCCCGUCAGGAAGUCCAGGAUCCAGUUGCAGAGGGAGGUGUUUAGUCCCAGGAUCCUUAGCUUAGUGAUGAGCUUUGAGGGCACUAUGGUGUUGAAUGCUGAGCUGUAGUCAAUGAAUAGCAUUCUCACGUAGGUGUUCCUCUUGUCCAGGUGGGAAAGGGCAGUGUGGAGUGCAAUAGAGAUUGCAAAAUCUGUGGAUCUGUUGGGGUGGUAUGCAAAUUGAAGUGGGUCUAGGGUUUCUGGGAUAAUGGUGUUGAUGUGAGACAUGACCAGCCUUUCAAAGCACUUCAUGGCUACAGACGUCAGUGCUACGGUUCGGUAGUCAUUUAGGCAGGUUAUCUUAGUGUCCUUGGGCACGGGGACUAUGGUGGUCUGCUUGAAACAUGUUGGUAUUACAGACUCAGUCCGGGACAUGUUGAAAAUGUCAGUUAAGACACUUGCCAGUUGGUCAGCACAUGCUCGGAGUACACGUCCUGGUAAUCCGUCUGGCCCUGUGGCCUUGUGAAUGUUGACCUGCUUAAAAGUCUUACUCACAUCGGCGUGAUCACAUAGUCAUCCGGAACAGCUGGUGCUCUCAUGUAUGCUUCAGUGUUGCUUGCCUCGAAGCGAGCAUAGAAGUGGUUUAGCUCGUCUUGAAGUCUUGUGUCACUGGGCAGCUCGCGGCUGUGCUUCCCUUUGUAGUCUGUAAUAGUUUUCAAGCCCUGCCACGUCCGACGAGCGUCAGAGCCGGUGUAGUACGAUUCGAUCUUAAUAAAUCUCCCAGUGUCUGAUGGAAAGCAGACUGAACCAGGUUUUCCUCUAGGAUUUUGCCUGUGCUUAGCUCCAUUAUAUUUCUUUUUUAUCCUGAAAAACUCCCCAGUCCUUAACGAUUACAAGCAUAGGUAUAACAUGAUGCAGCCACCACUAUGCUUGAAAAUAUGGAGUGGUACUAAGUAAGGUUUAAUAAGGUAUUUGAUUUGCCCCGAACAUAACACUUUGUAUUCUUUGACAAAAUGUAAAUUGCUUUGCCACAUUUUUUGCAGUAUUACUUUAGUGCCUUGUUGCAAACAGAAUGCAUUUUGGAAUAUUUUUUAUUCUGUACAGGCUUCCUUCUUUUCACUCUUUCAAUUAGGUUAGUAACUACAAUGUUGUUGAUCCAUCCUCAGUCUUCUCCCAUCACAGCCAUUAAACUCUGUAACCGUUUUUAAGUCACCAUUGGCUUCAUGGUGAAAUCCCUGAGCGGUUUCCUUCCUCUUCGGCAACUGAGUUAGGAAGGACACCUGUAUCUUUGUAGUGACUGGGUGUAUUCGUACACCUUCCAAAGUGUAAUUAAUAACUUCACCAUGCUCAAAGGGAUAUUCAGUGUCUGCUUUUUAUUUUUACCCAUCUACCAAUAGUUGCACUUCUUUGCGGGGCAUUGGAAAACCUCCCUGUUCUUUGUGGUAUAUAUAUCUAAAUUUAAUCAAUUUCAACACAACAAAAUCUGGAAAAAGUUAAGGGGUGUGAAUACGUUUUGCAGGCACUGUACGGUGCAUUUGGAAAGUAUUCAGACCCCUUUACUUUUUCCACAUUUUGUUAUGUUACAGCCUUUUUCUAAAAUUGAUAAAAAUUAUCUACACACAAUAGCCCAUAAUGACAAAACAAAAACAGGUUUUUAGAAAUGUUAGCAAAUUUAUAAAAAUAAAAAAACUGAUCAGACCAUUUGCUAUGAGACUUCAAAUGGAGCUCAGGUGCAUCCUGUUUCCAUUCAUCGUCCUUGAGAUGUUUCUACAACUUGAUUGGAGUCCACCUGUGGAAUAUUCAAUUGAUUGGACAUGAUUUGGAAAGGCACACACCUGUCUAUAUAAGGUCCCACAGUUGAAAGUGCAUGUUAGAGUAGAAACCAAGCAAUGAGGUUGAAGGAAUUGUCCUUAGAGCUCAGAGACAGGAUUGUGUCGAGGCACAGAUCUGGGGAAGGGUACCAAAACAUUUCUGCAGCAUUGAAGGUCCACAAGAACACAGUGGCCUCCAUCAUUCUUAAAUGGAAGAAGUUUGGAACCACCAAGACUCUUCCUAGAGCUGGCCGCCUGGCCAAACUGAGCAAUUGGGGGAGAAGGGCCUUGGUCAUGGAGGUCACCAAGAACCCGAUGGUCACUCUGACAGAGCUCCAGAGUUCCCCUGUGGAGAUGGGAGAACCUUCCAGAAGGACAACCAUCUCUGCAGCAGGCCACCAAUCAGGCCUUUAUGGUAGAGUGGCCAGACGGAAGCCACUCCUCAGUAAAAGGCACAUGACAGCCUGCUUGGAGUUUGUCAAAAGCACCUAAAGGACUCUCAGACCAUGAGAAACAAGAUUCUCUGGUCUGAUGAAACCAAGAUUGAACUCUUUGGCCUGAAUGCCAAGCGUCAGGUCUGGAGGAAACCACCAUGCUUCACCAUCCCUAAGGUGAAGCAUGGUGGAGGCAGUAUCAUGCUGUGGGGAUAUUUUGCAGUGGCAGGGACUGGGAGACUAGUCAGGAUCGAGGGAAAGAUGAACGAAGCAAAGUACAGAGAGAUCCUUGAUGAAAACCUGCUCCAGAGCGCUCAGGACCUCAGACUGGGGCGAAGGCUCACCUUCAAACAGGACAACGGCCCUAAGCACACAGCCAAGACAACGCAGGAGUGGCAGGACAAGUCUCUGAAUGUCCUUGAGUGGCCCAGCCAGAGCCCGGACCUGAACCCGAUCUAACAUCUCUGGAGAGACCUGAAAUUAGCUGUGCAGCGACGCUCCCCAUCCAACCUGUCAGAGCUUGAGAGGAUCUGCAGAGGAGAAUGGGAGAAACUCCCCAAAUACAGGUGUGCCAAGCUUGUAGCGUCAUACCCAAGAAGAUUUGAGGCUGUCAUCGCUGCCAAAGGUGCUUCAACAAAGUACUGAGUAAAGGGUCUGAAUACUUAUUUAAAUGUGAUAUUUCAGUUUUUUAUGUUUAAUACAUUUGCAGAAAUUUUUAAAAACCUGUUUUUGCUUUGUCAUUAUGGGGUAUUGUGUGUAGAUUGAUGAGGAAAAAAUACAAUUUAAUCAAUUUUAGAAUAAGGCUGUAACGUAACUGAAUGUGGAAAAAGUCAAGGGGUCUGAAUACUUUCCGAAUGCAUUGUAAUUCUAAUUAUGUCAUAUCAUUUUCAAAUAUUCUGUGACUUGUUGAUAUUUUGCUGACAUUAUAAAAGCAGUAUGAACUAGAGGAGACAAUGGCCUGUGCUUAAAAGUUGUUUUAUUGUAUUCCAGAUCAACAAUUAACAUUAAUAAACCACACUGGAGAACAAUUGAGGCAAAUAUAACAGAAAGUAACACAUUAAAUGGUGAUGCAGGAUGGCAGCAGCCACCACAUUUCUUUGAAUUUACAAAAUAAAAAUCUAGAGUCCUAUCAGAUGACAGUGCAUUUACAUCAAUGUUUCACUUGGCUCCAUGUGGAAGCAUUAGGAUCAGAGCAGGAAAUCCAUGCUUUAGGAGAUGACAUGCAUUGGAUCUCACCUGGGGCUGAUUUAAGGCUGUGGCUGAUGUACAUUUACGCUUCUCCCAGGAAAUACCCCAACCUCGCAGAACUCUCUGUUUGGUUUUAGCUCUGUUUAUAAGGGCUGUUUAGACUCAGUCUGUUACUUAGGGCCAAAGGGGGCACCUCAUCUACCACUCUGAGCACAUAUGUAAAGCACAAGCUGGUUUCCAUGCAUCUUUCUCCCAACCACUUUCAUAUCCUUAGGCUGCUCACAGGAGAGAUUUGAUAGACCCCUAUCAGAUUUGUUUCUGUUUAAGUUACAUGUUUUCUAUUUUCCCUUCUCUUUGCUUCUCUGACUUAGUUCUCUGGCCACUGGCACCCUUGCUGCUAACGGAAAAAUGUAUCGAUCCUCUUGCGGCUCCCUCAUAAUAAAAGCCCGGAAUCCGCUGAAAGACAUAUGAGCUGUUGGUACUGCUGGUCAGGCCAAUGAACGCUACGUUCCACAACUCCUGGCCUUUAGAAGAAGCCCCUGUACAUGGGGUUCCAGCACUUAUCAAAAACAGCAGGACUAAAAAUCACACAGAAUAUAACAAAUGUUUUCAAACUCUCUCAGAGAGGAAAGAGAUUAAUUAAAGAAAUGCUCCGGAACUUUGGCGACUACAAAUUUCUUUUUUUACCUUACGCUUUGGCCUGGAAUUAUACAUUCAUAAUCUAUGGGAAGAAUUACUGUUUUACCUCAAUUAGCCAUGUAUUCCCUAGUUUGAAUGCGACUGUUUUUCUGGAAGCUGUGCUGCGCCAUUUUCUCAAAAUGUUCCCCCACGUGGGCCACCCCCCUAGCAAUUUGAGUUCUACAAAUGAGCUUCAGCCCCUCACCAUUUGAGUGACAGCUAGCAAGAUGCAUACACAGCAGAGAGAGCGAGAGCGAGAGAGAGAGAGACAGAGAGCAAUGACGGGGUGCACAUACAGUGAGCUCCAUCAUUCAUUGGACAUUUUUUUGUUAUUUUGGUUCUGUACUCUUGCACUUUGAGUUUGAAAGGAUACAAUGACAAUGAGGGUGAAGUGCAGACUGUCAGCUUUAAUUUGAGGGUAUUUUCAUACAUAUCAGAUGAACCGUUUAGAAAUGACAGCACCUUUUGUACAUGGACCCCCCAUUUUAAGGUACUACAAGUAUUUGUUAAAUUGGCUUCACAGAUGUGUGUCGUUAGGCAGGUGUAUUAAUUUGUGUCGUUAGUGAAUGCAGGAGAGCUGUUGCUGAAUAGUAUUGAUUCUAGACUUUGCUAUUGCCUUUGGAGGUUGUUGUUGGGGUGUGACAACAUGAGGAAGACAGCAGUGUCAAUGCAAAUUAAGCUGGCCGUCAUAAGGCUCAGAAAUGAAAAUCCCUGGCCAUGCCCAAGUCAACAGUUUGGUUCAUCAUUAACAAAAAAAAAAAAAUGAACUCAAUUAUGUCAAAAGACCCGGUACACCAAGGAAGACGACUGUAGUGGAUGACCGGAGAAUACUCUCUAUGGUGAAGAAAACCCCCUUGACAACAGCCCAACAGAUCAAAAACACUCUCCUGGAUGCAGGUGUAGAUGUGUCAAAGUCUACCAUACGUAGAAGACUACACCAGCAGGACUACAGAGGGUACACUACAAGAUGCAAACCACUGAUAAGCCUGAAGAACAGAAAGGCGAGAUUACAGUUUGCUAAAAAGCACCUAAAAGAGCCCCAAGAGUUCUGGAAAAAAAGUAUUGUGGACAGAUGAGACAAAGAUUAACAUGUCCCAGAGGGAUGGAAAGAGGAAAGUGUGGAGAAAAAAAAGAAAUGCCCAUGAUCCAAAGCAUACCACCUCAUCCGUGAAACAUGGUGGAGGGGGUGUUAUGGCUUGGGCCUGUAUGGCUGCCAGUGGAACAGGCUCACUUGUCUUCAUCGAUGAUGUGACUGCAGACAGAAGUAGAACAAUGAAUGAAAGUCUACAGAAAUAUUUUAUCUGCUCAGAUAAAACCAAAUGCCUCCAAACUCAUUGGACGGCACUUCAUCAUGCAACAAGACAAUGACCCUAAACAUACUGCUAGAGCAACGAAGGGGUUUUUGAUGGCCAAAAAGUGGAAAAUCCUUGACUGGCCCAGUCAAUCACUGGAUCUGAAUCCAAUUGAACAUGCAUUUUACAUGCUGAAGAGGAGACUGAAGGCAAUAAGUCCCCGAAACAAGCAGGAACUGAAGAUGGCUGCAGUACAGGCCUGGCAGAGCAUCACCAGGGAAGAUACCCAGCGUCUGGUGAAGUCGAUGCAGACUUCAAGCAGUCAUUGCAUGCAAAGGAUAUGCGACCAAAUAUGAACAAUGAUUACUUUAUUCUACAUUAUGUUAAACUGUCCAAUGUUUUUUGAUGACCGAAAAUGGGGGGGACCAUGUAUAAAAGCUUCUAUAAUUUCUAAACGGUUCAUCCGAUAUGUAUGAAAAUACUCUUAAAUUAAAGCUGACAGUCUGCACUUCACCCUCGUUGUCAUUGUAUCAUUUCAAACUCAAAGUGCUAGAGUACAGAACCAAAAUAACAAAACAAUGGUCACUGUCCAAUGAAUUAUGGAGCUCACUGUAUCUGCACAGGUAACGUAGUAUGUAAUUUUCAUGGACCACUUUUGGCUCAUGAGCGCUACUUUCAGAACUACUGUCGAACUUUAUAGACUCUUUUAUGAAAUCUCAUGUGCAAGCAUUGCCAUCAUAUGUGAAAGACUCUAUAGACUUCAUAAACAAGAUCUCACCAAUAACGGGAUUAACAGAAUACUGUAUUUUGGUCACAUUGGAUGUCGAGAGUCUAUAUACCAGCAUUCGCCAUACGGGGGGGCUGGCAGCCGUAGCUCACUAUGUGAGAGCCCUAGAUACUAACAAAUACCCACCAACAAACUUCAUUCUAGAGCUGGCUGAAUAUGUUUUUACGUAUAACUAUUUCAGGUUUGAUGAUGAAUACUGCCUCCAAACGAAUGGAACAUUGAUGGGCUCCACAUUCGCCCCGAGCUAUGCUAAACUUUAUGUGGGUAAUUUUGAAGAAUGUUUUGUUAACAAUGAAAACGAAAAUCCAUUUUUGAAUAAAGUCCUGAAGUGGUAUCGAUAUAUUGACACAACUUUUUGCAUAUGGGGAGGAACGGGAGAAGGGCUGUCAGACUUUAUGGCAUUACUCAAUGACAUUGACCCCAAUCUCAAAUUCACUAUUGAAUGUGACACUAAACGUGUUCAUUACCUCGAUAUGUGGAUUGAGAAAUCAAAUGGAACCCUGUUUACAACUCUGUAUUGAAAAGAAACGGACAGAAAUACUCUAUUACAGGGGGACAGCUUCCACCCUGAGCCAUUCAAAAGAGGACUUCCAAGAAGCCAGUUUUUCAGACUGUGCCAUAUAUGCCACUCCACAGAGGACUAUCUACAAAAAGCAGCAGAGAUGCGCAAUAGGUUUCUAAGAAGAGGCUACUCUCCACACUAGCUGAACUGCUACAAAAAAGACCCACUAGCGCUAAAGAACACUCUGUAAUGUUCCCCACCACAUAUACUUUGAACCCGCACAAAGUGGGAGAUGCUGUCAAGAAACACUGGCAUGUUUUAUCAUUGGACCCAGCUUUGCCAGCUGAAUUUAAGAAUCCACCACUUAUUGUACAGUGCAUUCGGAAAGUAUCCAGACCCCUUGACCUUUUCCACAUUUUGUUACGUUACAGCCUUAUUCUAAAAUUGAUUAAAUUGUUAGUUUUUCUCAUCAAUCUACACACAAUACCCCAUAAUGACAAAGCAAAAACUGGUUUUUCAAAAUUUCUGCAAAUGUAUUAAACAUAAAAAACGGAAAUAUCACAUUUAAAUAAGUAUUCAGACCCUUUACUCAGUACUUUGUUGAAGCACCUUUGGCAGCGAUUACAGCCUCGAGUCUUCUUGAGUAUGACGCUACAAGCUUGGCACACCUGUAUUUGGGGAGUUUCUCCCAUUCUCCUCUGCAGAUCCUCUCAAGCUCUGUCAGGUUGGAUGGGGAGCUUCGCUGCACAGCUAAUUUCAGGUCUCUCCAGAGAUCGGGUUCAAGUCCGAGCUCUGGCUGGGCCAUUCAAGGACAUUUAGAGACUUGUCCCGAAGCCACUCAUGCGUUGUCUUGGCUGUGUGCUUAGGGUCGUUGUCCUGUGGAAAGGUGAGCCUUCGCCCCAGUCUGAGGUCCUAAGAGCUCUGGAGCAGGUUUUCAUCUUUGAUCUUUCUGUACUUUGCUCCGUUGAUCUUGAUCCUGACUAGUCUCCCAGUCCCUGCCGCUGAAACACAGUCCCACAGCAUGAUGUUGCCACCAUCAUGCUUCAUUGUAGGGAUGGUGCCAGGUUUCCUCCAGACCUGACGCUUGGCAUUCAGGCCAAAGAGUUCCAUCUUGGUUUCAUCAGACCAGAGAAUCUGAGAGUCCUUUAGGUGCCUUUUGGCAAACUCCAAGCAGGCUGUCAUGUGCCUUUUACUGAGGAGUGGCUUCCGUCUGGCCACUCUACCAUAAAGGCCUGAUUGGUGGAGUGCUGCAGAGAUGGUUGUCCUUCUGGAAGGUACUCCCAUCUCUACAGAGGAACUCUGGAGCACUGUCAGAGUGACCAUCAGGUUCUUGGUCACCUCCCUGACCAAGGCCCUUCUCCCCCGAUUGCUCAGUUUGGCCAGGCGGCCAGCUCUAGGAAGAGUCUUGGUGGUUCCAAACUUCUUCCAUUUAAGAAUGAUGGAGGCCACUGUGUUCUUGGGGACCUUCAAUGCUGCAGAAAUGUUUGGGUACCCUUUCCCAGAUCUGACAUGCACUGACAUGCAUUGUCAACUGUGGGGCCUUUCCAAAUCAUGUCCACUCAAUUGAAUUUACCACAGGUGGACUCCAAUCAAGUUGUAGAAACAUCUCAAGGAUGAUCAAUGGAAAUAGUAUGCACCUGAGGUCAAUUUCGAGUCUCAUAGCAAAGGGUCUGAAUACUUAUGUAAAUAAGAUAUUUAUGUUUUUAUAAACCUGUUUUCACUUUGUCAUUAUUGGGAAUUUUGUGUAGAUUGAUGAGGGAAAAAAACAAUUUAAUCCAUUUUAGAAUAAGGCUGUAAUGGAAAAAGUCAAGGAGUCUGAAUACUUUCUGAAUGCACUGUAUAUAGGAGAGGUCGCAAUUUAUGCGAUAAACUGGACCAUGCCAACUGCCAGCCACAAAAGAAAAUGAGCCAGACUAUCUUUCGCCCUCUUCCUAAUGGUAGCUAUAAACGCAGAGGUUGCGCACAGUGCAACAAUAUGAUAAUAAUAAUAAUAUGCCAUUUAGCAGACGCUUUUAUCCAAAGCGACUUACAGUCAUGUGUGCAUAAAUGUUUACGUAUGGGUAGUCCCGGGGAUCGAACCCACUACCCUGGCGUUACAAGCGCCAUGCUCUACCAAUUGAGCUACAGAGGAAUGUUUCUGUCACCCACAUACAGGAAAACGGUUCCAAAUAAAUUACAUUAUUACUUGCUCCACCACCCAUGUUAUCUACAUGAUUAAAUAUCCAUGUGGGCUGUAUUAUGUAGGUAAAACCUUUCAUUCUCUCAAACAGAGAAUUAGUGAACAUAAAAGGUCAAUCAGGAGAAACGACAAGGAUUAAUUAUCCAGUCGCAGUACAUUUCAAUGAACAAAAACAUGACAUUUUGACCUUUUAGAUUUUGUGGCUUAGAGAAAGUUAAGAUAUCAGACAGGGGAGGUGAUAUAAAUAAGCAAAAGAGAAUGUAUUUGGAUUUUCACCCUCCAGACAUUAUUUCCUAAAGGUCUUAAUGAUGAAAUGCCUAUGCAUGUUAUGUUGUAAAUGUGAACAUUAAUUAAUGCCACCAUUUUUCUUGCGCUGUACCCAAUGAUUUACGAAAACUUGCUUGAUGGGCCGAUGUCCUCAUUGUGGUUUUACAGACGUGUUUAAUUCGUUUUAUGUACAGACUUCAUUAGAAUAUUUAUAAAAUGCACAUUGUUAUAUCUGGUAACACUUACUUAUUUUCCCUCGACUCCAACCCCAUUUGAUGCAUUGAAUGGAUGUGGGUGGGGCUAUGUCUACAUAAGGGUGCUAAUAAAAAAAACUCAUAAAAGCUCUGAUGAAGGCCUUGAGGCCGAUACGAAAAGCUUAAUAAAGAGCAGUGAUACCAGCAAGAGCAGUGUGCGGGUUUCUUAUUUUUUCUCAUCUUAUUCAACUAUUACCAUGCACCUGCAAAAACGAUAGCUCAGAUGUGCAAGUGCCUUUUGAAUUUUAGAACUAAUGGCUAAAAACUAUACAAAAGUACCGGAGAAUCUCUUUAAAUACAAGUAGACUUCACUAUUGGUCUUAGAUGAUUUAACACUAUCAACAAACAUGAUACGUUACUCCCCUCAGUACUACCACUGUUAACUGAUGACACAUGUUAUCAUUCUGAAUAAAUUACCUUGUGUUUAUCGUUAAUCAUUAAAGUUGUGAGUCAUGUGUUUUGAAUGAAGGGAAUAUUCUUUAUUUGGCUUGAUAAUGUAUGGCAGUUGGCUAAUAUGUUCACCUACAACUUGGCUGUAGACAUUUCUCACUUGUUCUCUUUGAGAUGUACUUUAUCUCAUACCAACCUGAUAUAUUUUUUUAACUAAAUUAAAAACACAUGGACAGUAAAUUAGCAGAUAUCUUUCCUCCUCAAUCUCAGUGUAUUCGCUUUCAAAGGAUUAGGUCUAAUUUAUGACAGAUGAUAAAGGUGAAAAAUUAUUAGAAUCUGUCUCAGACUUUCCAUCACUGAAGUGGAACAGUUUCUAGAUUUUUGUUUUUCUAUCUCUAUUGUUUGGCACAGAAUAAAUUGUGUGUGGAUAACAGCUGGUGCACAAUAUCUAAGGAAGUCUCGAGGUUUUGCUCGCCAGAGGUAGAGUAUCUCAUGAUAAGCUGUAGACCACAUUACCUACCAAGAGAGUUUUCAUCUAUAUUCUUCGUGGCUGUUUAUUUACCACCACAAACCGAUGCUGGCACUAAGACUGCACUCAAUGAACUGUAUACGGCCAUAAGCAAACAGGAAAACGCUCAUCCAGAGGCGGCGCACCUAGUGGCCGGGGACUUUAAUGCAGGGAAACUUGAAUCCGUUUUACCUCAUUUCUACCAGCAUGUGCAACCAGAGGGAAAAAAACUCUAGACCACCUUUACUCCACACAAAAAGACGCGUACAAAGCUCUCCCUCGCCCUCCAUUUGGCAAAUCUGACCAUAAUUAUAUCCUCCUGAUUCCUGGUUACAAGCAAAAUCUAAACCAGGAAACACCAGUGACUCGGUCAAUAAAAAAGUGGUCAGAUGAAGCAGAUGCUAAGCUACAGGACUGUUUUGCUAGCACAGACUGGAAUAUGUUCCGGGAUUCUUCCUAUGGCAUUGAGGAGUACACCACAUCAGUCACUUGCUUCAUCAAUAAGUGCAUCGAUGACGUCGUCCCCACAGUGACUGUACGUACAUACCCCACCCAGAAGCCAUGGAUUACAGGCAACAACUGAGCUACAGGGUAGAGCUGCCGCUUUCAAGGAGCAGGACUCUAACCCGGAAGCUUAUAAGAAAUCCCGCUAUGCCCUCUGACGAACCAUCAAACAGGCAAAGCAUCAAUACAGGACUAAGAUCCAAUUGUACUACACUGGCUCCGACGCUCGUUGGAUGUGGCAGGGCUUGCAAACUAUUACAGACUACAAAGGAAAGCACAGCCGCGAGCUGCCCAGUGACACGAGCCUACCAGACGAGCUAAAUUACUUCUAUGCUCGUUUCGAGGCAAGUAACACUGAAACAUGCAUGACAGCAUCAGCUGUUCCGGACGACUGUGUGAUCAAGCUCCCCGUAGCUGAUGUGAGUAAGACCUUUAAACAGGUCAACAUUCACAAGGCCGCAGGGCCAGACGGAUUACCAGGACGUGUACUCCAAGCAUGCACUGACCAACUGGCAAGUGUCUUCACUGACAUAUUCAACCUCUCCCUGUCUGAGUCUGUAAUACCAACAUGUUUCAAGCAGACCACCAUAGUCCCUGUGCCCAAGAACACUAAGGUAACCUGCCUAAAUGACUACCGACCCGUAGCACUCACGUCUGUAGCCAUGAAGUGCUUUGAAAGGCUGGUCAUGGCUCACAUCAAAACCAUUAUCCCAGAAACCCUAGACCCACUUCAAUUUGCAUACCACCCCAACAGAUCCUCAGAGGAUGCAAUCUCUGUUGCGCUCCACACUGCCCUUUCACACCUGGACAAAAGGAACACCUAUGUGAGAAUGAUACUCAUUGACUACAUCUGUUCAACACCAUAGUGCCCUCAAAGCUCAUCACUACGCUAAGGACCCUGGGACUAAACACCUCCCUCUGCAACUGGAUCCUGGACAUCCUGACGGGCCGCCCCCAGGUGGUAAGGGUAGGUAACAACACAUCCGCCACGCGGAUCCUCAACACAGGGGCCCCUCAGGGGUGCGUUCUCAGUACCCUCCUGUACUCCCUCUUCACUCAUGACUUCAUGGCCAGGCACGACUCCAACACCAUCAUGAAAUUUGCCGAUGACACAACAGUGGUAGGCCUGAUCACCGACAACGACGAGACAGCCUAUAGGGAGGAGGUCAGAGAUCUGGCCGUGUGGUGCAAGGACAACAACCUCUCCCUCAAUGUGAUCAAGACAAAGGAGAUGAUUGUGGACUACAGGAAAAAGAAGAGGACCGAGCAUGCCCCCAUUCUCAUCGACAGGGCUGUAGAGGGCACGACAGUCGUGAAGAGGGCACGACAAAACCUAUUCCCCCUAAGGAGACUGAAAAGAUUUGGCAUGGGUCCUCAGAUCCUUAAAAGGUUCUACAUUUGCACCAUCGAGAGCAUUCUGACUGGUUGCAUCACUGCCUGGUAUGGCAACUGCUCGGCCUCCGACCGCAAGGCACUACAGACGGUAGUGCGUACGGCCCAGUACAUCACUGGGGCCAAGCUUCCUGUCAUCCUGGACCUCUAUACCAGGCGGUGUCAGAGGAAGGCCCUAAAGAAUGUCAAAGACUCCAGCCACCCUCGUCAUAGACUGUUCUUUCUGCUACUGCACGGCAAGCUGUACCGGAGCGCCAAGUCUAGGUCCAAGAGGCUUCUAAACAGCCUCUAGCCCCAAGCCAUAAGACUACUGAACAUCUAAUCAAAUGGCUACCCAGACUAUUUGCAUUGCCCCCCCCCCUCCCACCCCCCACCCCCCCACCCCUUUUACGCUGCUGCUACUCUCUGUUUAUUAUCUAUGCAUAGUCACUUUAAUAACUCUACCUACAUGUACAUAUUACCUCAAUUACCUCGACUAACCGGUGCCCCCGCACAUUGACUCGGUACCGGUACCCCCUGUAUAUAGCCUUGCUAUUGUUAUUUUUACUGCUGCUCUUUCAUUAUUUUUUACUUUUAUUUCGUAUUAUUUUAUAUUGUAUUUUUUUAUGUGAUUUUGUUUAAAUAUUCUUUCUUAAAACUGCAUUGUUGGUUAAGGGCUUGUAAGUAAUUAUUUCACUGUAUGGUCUACACCUGUUGUAUUCGACGCAUGUGACAAAUUAUUUUUAUUUUUAUUUGAUAUUACCAUUUUAGCAUAUCCCCCUACAAGGCAAGCAUUUGUUUUCUUAAAUGUGUUUCAAAGAAAGGAGAUGAUAAUCUUUGCCUUUUGAAGUAAAUUUCCAAACAUUAAGACUGUAUCAGGAACUUGAGUAACCAGAGGAUCCAAAGAUUCAGGACUGAAUUAGUGUAACAAUUUGGUUGGGGUUUGUGCAAUGGAUCAAAGGGCUAAAACAAUAAUGGGAGCAACAUGCUAAACAACAGCCUGAGACUUUAUUCUCUGAACUCACACAUCAUCUGAAUCAAUUAUGUAGCAAUGAUCAACUUCAAUCUGGUAAAUUAGCAUAUCACUCACAUCCUGUUGACUGACUUCCUGCUUCCUGUCUCUUCCAGCUGCUGUGCUCGACGGUGCAGAAGGCCCUGUUUGAGGAGGAGGAGCAUGUGAAGACUCUCUCCCAAAAGGUGCGUUCUCUGGAGAAGGCCAACAGCCACCUGCGGGACAAGGUGAAGAACAUGAAGCGCCUGCUACGCCAGGCCAAACGAGACACCAAGGACCAGCAGACCCUCCCACUGAAAGAGCUGCACAACCCCGAGCCCCCCCACCCACACCAAGACACCACAAAGGACCAGAAAAGACCCGCCCUCAAAAAGAUCCUCACCAAUACGCUAAAAAACUGA